UUGUAGUCCCCAAACAUCUGGAGGGCCGAGUUUGCCUAUGCCUGACCCAAUCCAAAGUUUUUUGAAGUUGAAAAUUUAGUGACUGAACCGUUUUCUGGACUCCAAAUCAAUAUACAUUUUUGCAAGGGGGGGGGCGUGCGGUAUAUUUUGGCAUUGCAUGUGCUACUAACAGGUUGUUAUAGGAGCCUGACUAAUGUGGAUGCUUGCUUUUAACCGUGUUUCUGUUGAAUUUAACAUGGUUCAGUAUCAAAAUAAGCUUUCUGUGAAUACCUCUCUGUCCACUUGUGCUGUCUUACUGUCUGAUAAUAAUACCUUUUUGUACCACAAUCAACCGGUUUUCAUGGUUUGCUGUCUACUGUUGAGGCAGCUCUGUUGCUUAGACACUUCCUUAAAAAAAUCUAUUUUAUUGAUUUUUGAAAAACGAGCAGUGAUGACCUGACAUAUGACAGGGAUAACAUUAAAAUGAAGUUUAACUCUCAGCAAAUGUUGCUGGUAUAAUAUUUUCUAUAACAAAAGUAAAUGUUUCUUAGUGAAUAUUUGAAACAAUCCUCAAAAAAAAUAUCAACAUUUAUUGCUGGAUGUGUUGGGCUUAUAGUUCAGUAGUACUAAAAAUAUCAUUCAGAACAAAUUAGAGGCCUUUAUCUUGAAUUUGCAUGUUAUCAGUGUGCAUUCCUCCAGCACAUUAUUUUAGCAAAUUGGUAGCAAUGGUUUACUCUGCUAUGAAAGGAUAACUAGAGCUGCAACCCUACAUCCAGUUACCUGGGAGGAAACUCAUUUUAACUUACUUUUGAACAGGUGUGCAUAAGUUUGUAUUAACACAGUUUACAAACAGACCUUUUUCUCACUUUAAGCUGUGUUUUUAAUUUGCAGAUAAACCUUUUAGUUAAAUAGUAAAGGGACAUGGUUUAUAAUAAUCAUCCAUUCAAGAUUAAGAUUGAUUGUCUCAUUAUAUGCAAGUAGCACUGAAGUACACAGCUGAUAUUUCAAUGAAACUGCUUAUAAUAAAAACCCCAAGACAUUACCGGUAUGUUUAUGGAACUCCCACUCAGGAGACAUUCAGCUGACCCCCACAGUAGAGGCCUUUUGGCCUAAGCUGAAUAUAUUCUUAUUUGUUCAGGCCUUUGAACCAUAGCUGUCAAGUUCUCCCUUUUUAAAAGGGAAAUUCCCUUAUGCUGAAUAGGCUUCCUCGCGAGAAAAGGGAAAACUUGACAGCUAUGCUUUGAACUGUAGAAGGAGUGGUGCUGAGAAUUGUGAUGCUAUAAAUGUUCAUCACUGCUCAGAUAUGUUAACUGACUGUGGUUGUGUUUUUAAGUCCUGUUUUUAUUGUCCUGUACUGGUGGUUUUAUGUAUUGAUACUGUUAGCUGCCCCAGACUCCAGUUUAUAAGAAGUGUGGGGCAUUAAAAUGUGCAUGUAUAUAAUAUUAUAAUGUGAUGGGCACAAGAAUUUCAAGGCUUAUUAAAUCAUGAAUAUAAUGGAGCCAUUAAAUUUUUAAGUGUACAUUAUUCAGUCUUAAACAUUUGCCUUUAAGAAAUCAUUUUAUUUUUGUAUUCAAAUUUUGCAAAAGUGGAUACUGAUGUAGCUUCACCAUAAAAUUAUGAUAUCAAAUCAACCAGAAUGCCUUAAACAUUGCUCCUACUUGUAAAAGCCUGCUGGAAUAAGAGAGCCUUUACUCAUUUUUGAAAGAAUCCAAAUGGUUACUUAUCAUUUAUGUCAAGUUAGGGCUAUAGGCUUGAAAUUUUAUUUUUGAUUUUUGGUUUCUGUGCUAGAUAAAUCAAGAGUUGUCUAUGCAUUGGGACACACAUUGAUCUGACAGUGUUGAUGGGGAGGGGGCAUUACCUACAAACCUCAAUUUGGCAUGUCAAUUCACAUGUGUGGAUGAUGGCAAAAUGGGGUUAUGUGGCACAAAACAUUGGUAUAGUAGUUUUUUUAAAAAAUAAAGCAGAUAUUGGGGUUCAUAGUAAAUGGUGCUCUCAUCAAAUAUCCAAAUACAUUUCAUAUUGAAGAGAACAAAGGCUUGUUUUCUGCUGUACAGUACUAGGCUUAUUGUGCUUAAAUUGCAGAACGGUAUGUUUUUAGUUGAACAUUCUGAGAAACUUGAUAGUAAAUGCAAUUGGACAAUGGAACCAAUAGCCUAGGGAGGUGGAGGACUUCAUGUAGGAACUGAUCUUGGUAGUAAGGCUCCCACCUGGAUGGGUUGAAGGGCCACUGUAGUAUGUCUUCUUGUAACAGUUUGCACCCUUCACAUACAUAAUAGAAAGCAGAAAACAAAAAGAGAAAUUGGAAGCCAUGGUUGGACAACAGAAUGUUUCUUGUAGUAGACAAGAACUUUGUUAGCCCAUGAAAUAUAAACCCCCUGGUCUAGCAAGACUAGGUAAGACUUUACUAGAUGUCCCAGUUUAUUUUUUAAUCCAUAUAUGUUCCGUUCCAUUUGUUUAUUAUGCCAAAAGUCCCCCCCUAGUUUAAUAUACAUUCUUUAACUUGUUCUUAUUGCAUUUCAAAUUUCAACAGUAAUUUGUACAUUUUUGUGAUGACAUGAUCAGCAUUCAUACACAACUGUAUUUCAAAGUCUCUCUAUUGCUCUAUACCGAAAGUCUUUUUAUCUACUGUAACUUAAUCUCUCUGUAAACUGUAGGUAGUAAAACCAUUGGAGACUGUGACCUUCCCUUGCUACUUGUUCUCUUGUUUUAACUUUACAGUCUCCUUAGUUCCACACUAAUAAUUCUUGGUACUGUACUUUAAUCAUUUCUCUUUGCCUAUCACCUCUUUUCCAUGAAACACUUCUAUUGUUGAGAUCCAUAAAGGUAUCUUCACAUAUAAGCUAGUUUUACAUCUAUUCCAGAUUAUCAAUAUAGUACGGCUGAUAAAAUGGUUUUUAAAGUCCACAUUGAAUUUGACCUUAUCUUCACAAAUAUCCAUGCCAUCCAAACCUUCAGGCAUAACCUUCUAAUUUCAAAAGUCUCUUAUUUCACAGAGACAUCCACUCCUUCAUCCACACUAAACAACAGGUUGCAAAAUACAGUUUCAAAAUAGGCAAACAUUUACAAAUGUUUAUGAAACAUUGAUGGAAAAUUACAUUUCUUUUGACAGAAGAAAAUGUUUACAUCUCUCAUUUGGAGCAUGGAAUAAUUGCUUCCCAGGACCUAACAAUGUUGUCUUUAUGGAGAAUGAUGUGGGUUGGAAUAGAUGACAGUUAUAGGAGUUAAGCAAUAAAAACCUUGAAUGCAAGCUGCUUUCUUGGUCUUGCUUCUGUGUUUGCCUUCCUGUUUUACCUCCUAUGACCUCACUGUGAUGCAUUCCUACUUUACACCUCACAGAUGCCAUAACUUUCUGUAAUUUAUUGUAAUUGACUCAGUUUAUACAUAAAUUGGAGUAGAGAUCUUGUCAGAGACCAAUUAAGAUUAAUUAUGCUUGCCUCAUGAAUUCCAUUCAUGCAACUGGGUUAUAAUCAUUGGGGAAAACAUAGGAAAGACACUCUGGGCUGGAACUGUCCACAAGAGAUGUUUGGGCCAGAUAAAAAGCAUUUUGCAUUCAUGGCCUAUGAGACACUAUACAAAAAAGAUCCACUUGAUGAAAAUAAAUAGUUAUUUGCAUGGCAUUUCUAUAAAUAGAAAAAGUACAUUCAGAAGUCCAUGAGUAGUUGUGCCAUGAUUGAAGUAGAGAAGGACUGAAAAUUUUUGCUCCAAGAGUCUGAAGAGAUUGAAGCGCUUGUAUGAAGAAACAUUCAUUUUUCAAAAGAUAGUAUGACUGCUAAUUGGAAAUGCCAAACCUCUGGCAUACAGGCACAAGGUACAGUAUAAUCUACUUCUUGUGAGUUUUUAAAAAAGAAUUAGACUACUAUGCAUUUUUGCUUACCUGAGAUUUAUUAAAUAUACAAGCUUACAUCAGUAUUGCUGUUCUGCUCCUACAUGAAUUCUGCAGCCACUCCCUAUGGUAAGUUCCCUCCAUGAGAGCGGAGGGAUUGUACGAGAGAAAACAUUAUUGAGGCAUUUAUUUUGGCACUUAAGAGAGGAAUGCAUAUGCAAAUUAGAUUACUGGUCAGUGUGAGGCAUUUCUGAUAAAACAUUAAAGGUGUUGUUAACCUUUAGCCAGUCCUUUGAGCCACUUCUGUCUGACUCAGUCACGAUGCCUGUUUCUGUCCUUGGGUGUUCUUUGAGCCAGCUGUUUCAGUAGCCCUGUACGCUUCAGUGUAAGAAGACAUAUUUGAAAGAACAAUGUUGACCUUUAACUUUUCUUUUUAAACUGAAAACAUGCUGAGGGAAAUAUGGAAUGCCAAGUAAUGGCUUUACAGUAACUAUUCAAGAGUUCAAUGACAAAUGCAAAAGUCUAACCCUUUAGCUGUAAUUUUUAAUGAAACUCACAUGCAGUAUCAUAGAGUACGGUUAACUUUAAAUCCUUGUAAAUCCUUGUAAAUCAUUUGUUCAUUUGCUGAUGUUAGUGUUGUUGACAGUAGUUUUAUUUUCUUGUUUAACAGCAAGCAUGUCUUUCCUUUGUAUUGAGGCCAUAGUAUGCUUUAUAAGCUAUGAUGACAGCGUAUUUUUAAUAACAAAAAAUACAAAGCAGUUGCAUAGAAAUAGUAAUGUUUGUGUUUCUGUUCUGAACUUUGGGCUUAAUGAGCAAUGAUUCUGUAAGUGAAAGCACACUGUUUCACAAAGCACUUAAUUCAAAAGCCCAAUUCAAAGUGCUAGUGCUAUAAAGACCUAUAAAACCUUAUACGUCUCAGAACCUCAAUACUUUAAGGACUGCCUCUCCCCAUACAAACCAACUUGUACCCUGCAUUUGUCAUCCAAGGCCUUCUCUGUAUCCCUCCUUCCUGAGAGGUUCGGAGUGUGCCAACACAAGAACAGGCCUUUUCUGUGGUGGCUCCCUGUUUGUGGAAUGCUCUCCAGAGAGGCUUGCCUGGCACCAUCAUUACAUGUUUUUAGGCACCAGGCAAAAACAUUCCUCUUUACCUAGACCUUUGGCCACUAAACAAUCUAUGGCCUUUUAAAGUGGGGGGACUGUUGUGAUUUUUAUUAUUUUUUAUUAUUAUUCUGCUAUGUAAAUUAUGUUUGUAAUGUUGUACACCACCCUGGGAUAUUCAAAUAAAGGGCAGUAUAUAAAUUGAAUAAUAAUAAUAAUAAUAAUAAUAAUAAUAAUAAUAAUAAUAAUAAGCUUCAAUUCUGUGUAACAAUUGUUAAUCUAUAAGUUUUAUUGGGUUCCUGAGCACUAAAAGGUAAAGGUAAAGGAACCCUGGAUGGUUAAGUCCAGUCAAAGGUGACGAUGGGGCGCGUGCUCGUCAUCUCGCUUCAGGCUGAGGGAGCCAGCAUUUGUUCGCAGACAUGGCCAGCAUGACUAAACCACUUCUAGUGCGAUGAGACACUGUGACGAGUGCCAGAGUGCAUGAAAAUGCUAUUAACCUUCCCGCUGCAGCGGUGCCUAUUUAUCUACUUGCACUGGUAUAUGUUUGAACUGCUAGGUUGGGAGGAACUAGGACUAAGCAACAGGAGCUCACCCCAUUGUGCGGAUUCGAACCGCUUACCUUGCGAUCAGCAAGCCCAAGAAGCUCAGUGGUUAGACCACAGCACCACCCUCUCCUGAGCACUAUGGAAAAAGUUGUCGUUGAAAGAAUUCUCCUGCAUUUGCAACAGCAGCAGUGUAUGUUGCAAUAUGACUUAGUUGCUACUGUGCCAUUCUGUGAAUUAUGUAGCUCAGAGGCACAGAUGUCCAACGUGGUGGGGGGUGGGGCAAGAUAUUGCUGUAGGAUUUGGCCCUUAUACAUUGCUGCUCAAGGAUUCUAGGUAUAGGCAAAAAAGGUUAAAGGUAAAGGGCCCCUGACAGUUAAGUCCAGUCGCAGACGACUCUGGGUUGCGGUGCUCAUCUUGCUUUACAGGCUGAGGGAACCGGCGUUUGUCUGCACAAAGACUCUGACUAAAAAUAAUAAUUGGAAUACUAGAUCCAGGAUUUGUUGUAGCAUCAAUUUCAUUUACUGAUUGUUAUAUCCUGAUGAUUAUGUUGGCCAUUGGGUAAUGUGUUCAAGUCAUGAUUGUAAUAGCUCUUUUUAGUGAUCUUUUAUUAGGCUCCCCCUGCACCUUAUAACUGCUAUCUCUUUUGCAGUUAAUAGCAUUCAGCGCUAUGUUUCAGCCUGGGAAUUGCCUGCUAUAAAUGUACUCUCAUUUUCUCCACUAAUGUGAUGGGCAGUGUUGCUUUAACCUCUAAAGUUGCACCUUGUUCUUUCCAGCAAUGCAGGGUGUACAUACAUUAAGAAACAUUGCACAGCAGUGUUGCCUUGGGUCAGCUUGUGACCCAUAGAAAUGGCACAAAAGCAGCUGACUACCGCUUGUAUAUUAAUAUAAGCAGUUGUGUGGGCACACAAAUGCUUUUAGCUGUAACUGAAUUUACAUAUGACCUGAAUAUAGAGUCUAGGUGUGUGGAUCUUCUAAACAGGGAUGAGGAACAAGUGGCCCUCUAGAUUUUACUGAACUAGAACUCAACUUAUUCCUGACCACUUGUCAUCUGGCUGAGGUUGAUGGGGAUUGGCAUUCAAUAACAUCUGGAGAGCUACAGGUUUCCAAUUCCUGUUCUUAAGCAAUUUUGUAUGAACUUCACUCCUCAUUCUUCAAAACAAUGGUAUGGGGGGAAAGGCAAUUAUUACUAGAUGCAUAAUGUGUACAGUCCUACCAUAAAAGAAGCAAUAAGAAGAGCAUGAGAAGAGCCUUACUGGAUUAGGUUGAGGGUCCAUAUUCUUGCAGUGGCCCUAUGGGAAACCUACAAGCAUUCACCAUGACAGUAUACUCCACACUGUCACAUAUAUUUUUACAUAACUGAAAUGCAAGAAGUGUGGCACUGAAACAAAAUGAUUGCUGAGCGAGUGUUUCUGUUCAGGGUUUCAGCCUCUAUGUUCCCCCUCCCCCUGAUUUUUCUGCCUCUACCAACAAUCAGUUGCUUUUUAUGUUCACCUAUUUUGUGCCCCCUCAUUUUGUUUCCCCAACCAUGUAGUUGUUGUUAAUGUUUGUUGUUGUUACAGCUGGUGGUCCACUAAUAAUAGACAUAUUAGUGUGCAGUCCCAGAUAUAGUAAAAUCUUGGAUUUCUCCAUUUCAGUAGGCAGCUCUCAUUAUAACUCCUCGAUACAUUUUAAAACAGCUUCUCAGUGUGAACUAGAAAGUGAUCAGUUUACUGUAUAUAUUUGUGUCCAGCCACUCUAUUAUAUUUCCUAUCCCAUCUGGUUGUCUGUUUCCCCCUCAGUCUCACAACAUUCUGCGCCAUUGAGUUUUUAUGGGGAUGUUUUAGGGGGCCCUUCUUUGGAUUUUUUUCUUUAAAGGUGUUUUGAGCAUCUGCAAACUUCAGGGUAACUUCAAGUCUAGUAAUAGCUCUCAUGGAUGGUACAGGCUUGUAUUUACACUUUAAAUAAACAUGAAUAGCAUAGUAAUGCUUUUGUUGUAUAAUAUUUUAAAUUAAUAUCUCUCUAGAAAAGUCAGUAUUACUUUCUCUCUCCUCUUAACUGAAAGAUGCACUAAAAACCAUGCUUAUAAAGUGAGCAGGGGACAUAUCAGGGGAAAUGUGGGUUUUCUAAACCUAUCCACCCCCCUCAAAUUUUCCUGAAGGAUUUAUUGAACACACUCAAUUUUAACUUAUGUUUAUAUUUUAUUACAUUUAUGUACCACCUUUUUCUUCCAAGGAGCUCAAGGUGGUACACAUGGUUCUCUUCCCCAUUUCAUCCCCACAACAACCCUGUGAAGUGGGUUAAGCUAAGAGAUGGUAACUGGCCCAAGGUUACCCAUUAAGCUUCAUGGCUGAGUGGGGAUUUGAACCCUGGUCUCAGGUCAUAGUUCAGUGCAGUCUUUUGUAUUGUUAAAAAUUAUUAUUAGACAGAAUAACACACAAUACAGUGCUUUCUGUUCACUAAAGAUGUGGAAUGUUUUGGAAUUCUACAGUUAAGGGAUCAUGUACUUCUGAUGUGUCAUUCUUAUGCCUCUCUAAAUCUGAAAGAUUUCACUGAGGAAACUGAUGUUUGGAAUACUGUGUUUUCUAACAUUGUGGAUGUAUUCAAAAUGUUAAAAUAGCUGCUAGGAAGAGCCAUCCAGCUAGCUCUUUGUUUUCAAACAAUGCUUUGUAAAUUACCACUUUUCUGCAGGCUGAUCUCUUCUGAAAUGAUAAGCUUCUCCUGCUGUCCUCCCCCUUUCAUUCUAGGAUGGAACUUCUUACACAAAUGAUACAGCAAUUCAGAAUUUCUCAUAGUGAGAUAGGCCAGUUUGCAUAUCACUGUAAGCGUUGGUCAAGGGUUUAUUGUGAAUAAGCAGCAUGCUGGUGGAUGUUCCCAUUUCACUCCUGGUUUGAGCAAAAUCAACAAGCCAUGAAACCUAGCUACAUUUUACAUACGAACUUGAGAUAAUGAAGCCAAGGUUUCUUAAGCAAUUAAUCAUGGCUUACCAUGACAUGUGAACUGGGCCAUAGGCUGAUGUUGCUAAGGUAAGGGUGUUCUGAUUAUUGCAUUUGAAUUUAUGCUGUUUUGGUUAUUUCACCAAACAUUUUGCAAUGGCUUCCAUUUGAUCUUUUGUGCAUUUUAGAUCAUUUGUAGAUUGCUUAGCAUGGUAACUUGCUAUAUAGUACCGGUAUGUUGUGUAGACUUUCUUUAAUGCUCCAUGCAUACACACAUACCAACACAUCUGAAGUUGGCUACCAACUUUUUCAUUGGUAUUUGCACUCUUGAUUUCUGUCCUAGUAUUAUAAUUUGGUUUGAUAUAAAAGUUUUGUACAGUAGAAGGAAAAAAGAUUCACAACUUUUUGGUACUGUACUGUGUCCUUUUUUAGGACAGCAACAAACUACUAAGAGAAUAAUAAACUGCAAUUGUAGAAGGGAGCCUACUAAUUUGUUCUGUUGAACAAAUUAUGUUGGUUGGUAAUAAACUUCUUCCUUGAAGGCAACAAAACUCUAUUAAAGUAGAACAAUGUAAAAGGACAGUGUUACUGUAAGAAUUUAAAGUUCCUGUACUAAGAUGAAGGGUCUAUUCAUAUCCCUUCCAUUUAUUUUGUUGUUUGGCUUAUUGAUCCUUGGUUGGGUCGAGAUGUGGAACACAUAUUCCACUUUUGGAAAAGCUGUUUUCAGGUCAUAGCUGCCAAGUUCUCCCUUUUUUAAAGGGAAAUUCCCUUAUGCUGAAUAGGCUUCCUCGCGAGAAAAGGGAAAACUUGGCAGCUAUGUUUCAGGUUACACUAAACACUGGAGUACUGAAUGAAACAUUCAGACUGAAUGCAAAGAGGUUCAUUUGUUUGUGUAAGCGGGUGUAUGAGAACUUCAAUAGAACUUCUGUUAUAACACUUUGUGAGCUCUCACAGUGGCUCAAUUCGUAUGUAAGUAGACCAUGGAUUUUCACCAAUGAAAAAUGUACCCGUGUACACUGUUCAUUGACACCUGCCCUUUCCUCCCUGUGCUGUACCGGAGAGGAAAUGAGUCAGGGUGCUGGCUUGGUAUUUCAUGCAAUCCAGCACUUGUGGUUUGUUUCCCUCAAAUGAAUCUUGUGUGGUAAGUGAAGAACAAACCUUGGCUUCCACUUGUGGUUUAUUUAGAGAGAAACAGGGACUGGUUUGCAUGUAACAGUAAUCCAACACUCUGGUUUGUUUCCUCCUGGUUGGGGACAGGAAUGAGCACUGGAGGAGCAAAGCAAGCAUGUUUGAGCAGCAUACAGCAUGCUGUUCAUUUAACCCAUAGUUUAUUUUUAAAUAUGGCUUACAAUGAAAUGUGUACCAGGCCACAAUCUUAUACAAGUACUUGUGAAUGAGUACAGUACAUUUGUUUUCCUUUGUUUCACAGUUCUUUACAUCCAAUUCUAAAUUUGUUACCUCUCCUAAAAAUAGUUGAUUUUGUUCAGUGGCUCUAAACCACAUAAAAAAGAUGAAGGCCAUUAAGGCCAUCUGUUUUUCAUGUAAUUCUCUAGCUAAAUAACUGGUGCAAGCCUGUGCAUUGUGCAGUUGCCUUGUUUAUCAUGUACCUAAUUAUGUUAAACACAUCAAAUUAGUGACCAGAAAAUAUUUCUUUUGAGAUUCUCUACAAAACUUAGGCUGCAGUUUUAUACCCACUAGGAGGAAACGCUAUUGAACACAGUGGAACUUACUUUUGAGUGGGCAUAUAAAGGUGUGCACUGUUAAACUUAUUGUUUUCAACACAGACCCACAGUAGUGGGUUGGUAUCAUUAAUUGAAGACAAAGCUUUACAUGCCAGCCUUAUGAUGACUUGUUUCUCAUUUACAAGUUGGUAUGCAAUGUAUUUAGAUUAAUACAAUGGAAGCUCUGUUGAAGCUUUAGUGCUCUAGAAUGCUUUAAUGAGGAAUGGUGUGCCCUCAAUGAAUUCAAAAUGGUGUAAUAUAUUCCCUACUCUCCCCCUCCCCCUUAUAGCAAACCUUUUAUACAUGGUGGAGAGAUACUCUUUGCCGGAAGCCUAAAAUGUAUUUUUCUUUUUGGUAAAUCAGUUAUACUUCAUGGUUAGGGUCUAUCUAAUCAUCAUAUUUGGAAUGAUGAAUUUCUCCUCAAACCAUUUGAAGAGCCCUGCUGGAUCAGGCCAAAGUUUCAUCUAAUCUUUAUUACCAUGCUUUAUUGGCAUGCAUUUGUUUUGGCAGAGUUUAUUGUUGUGUUUUAUUCUGAUUUUAUUAUUCUGACUUAUGCUUUUAAAGGAAGUAAAUGCAAAUGUAGUCUCUGCCUAAGUGGUAUGUACUCUACAGCAUAACCAGUGGGGGCAUGGAGGGGGGGGGAGUCUUGUUGCAUGAAUGGAAGCCACUUGUGUAAUGCUGAAUUUUGCACUUUGCAAAAUCAUAAUGUAUUAUAGUCACAAUAGUUUAUGCCAUUCUAUCAUCAGUCUGUGAAUUAAACUACAUCCCUAUUGAUUAACAUAUAUCCUAGUGAUUAGUCUACUGAUUAAAUUGAUUUAAUCUACCAGGCUUAAUCUUCUUGUCUUUUUCUAAGUUUAAACAUAGACUUAAUUAUCACAGCAGAGUAGAUAAUGUAUUUGCUAAUCUAUGUAGAGAGUAGAGUUCUAAAAAAUAUGAGCUUCUUUUAUUGUGUAUUAGACCACUAAUGUAUAUUGUAAAUAGAGACACAUCUAGGAUCCCUUGCACCCUUGGCAAGGAGCUGUAUUGGCAACCCCCACCCUCUGAAUAAAAUUGCUUUACCACACACCUUUGUGCUGUUGUGCAAGAAGGAUGGAAAGGUUCUCUCACAUUUGAUCUCGCCACAUUACUGGCAUCACGUUGCCACACGUAUAUAUCAUACAAUCCCUGGUAGGUGAUUUUUGUGUGUCCCCCUGUGCCCCUAGUGCAGUCCGGUUUCAUCAACCCCUAGGUACAACUCUGAUUGUAAACUUCAUUAUAUACUACUACUACUACUACUACUACUACUACUACAACUACUACUAAUUUUAUUAUUUAUACCCCACCCAUCUGACUGGGUUUCCCCAGUCACUCUGGGCGGCUUACAGCACAUAUAAAAAACUGUAAAACAUCAGACAUUAAAUUUGUUUCCCCAAUAUAGAGCUGCUUUCCAAUUUCUUCUAAAAGAGAGUUGUUUAUUUCCUUGACAUCUGAUGGGAGGGCAUUCCACAGGGCGGGUGCCACUACCGAGGAGGCCCUUUUCUAAUAACUUUGGAAAAAAUAUUUGAAAGGUAAUAAUAGUCUCCUGGUGUCCCACAAGUGGAAGUCUGUGCAAGGACUUUGGAUGGUGCCAUGGGGCUUUCCCCUUCUUAUUCCCCCUCCUCUCCAAAUCAUCUCAGGGGGUUUGGGAGAACCCCCAGAGUGGUGCAGAGGGAGGAGAGUGAAGAGGUCAUUCCAUUAGGCACGCAGAAAUGCUUGUGCUGAGAGGGCAGUCUUCUUAGUGCUAUAUUGAAUUGCUCCCACAAUAUUUUGCAGAUAUACUACUAAAUAUAUUUGAAAUAAUGCCUGUCCACAUAUCACACACAACCAUUGUGCCAUGUAGCACAGGAGCCCUUAGUCCCUUAGCUGAUGGAGGGGUCCAGAGCUCUACAGUCCCAGAAUUGAGAGUACUUUUUUGAACUCUUCUGUCAGGGAAUUUUUAGAAAAACAAUCUUUAAUUUGAAAAUAGAUUGAUGCAGUAUGUGGGGGAUUGCUUUUCUCAUGAGCCUUUUCUUUGCAGAUUACUUUUCUUUUUGUAAAUAAUAAAUAGAGCAAGUAUUCAAACUUACUGCUAGUGGGAAGAUGUGAAUUCAACAUGGAACGUCACAUUCUGUUUCAUGUGAUUAUCACUGGUGACAUUUAAAUCAAAGUUUUGAAUGCUUUGAGUCUUCCCAUCAUAUUUCAGUAUAACAGUGAGAUGAAUAUUUUGAAAGUUUUUCUUGUGAGUGGGCAAACAGUAUAUUGUUGUAAAGUUUGGAAGCAACAGAAGUUACAAAACAACACUCCAUUCUAAAUGUUCUUUAGAAAGAUAUGACAAAGUUCAUUAAAAGAACACACACACACGCAAAAACAAAAUGAUAUUAUUUUUUAAUUAAAUUUCUAUACCACUCUAUAUAUUAUAGGGCAUAUAUAGAGAGAGACUUAAUAAGGAGAUGGUGAGUGGCCCAAGGUCACUCAAUGAACUGUACAGCUGAGUGGGGAUUUAAACUCUGCUCUCCCAGGUCCUAGUCCAGGCAUCCCCAGACCUUGGCCCUCCAGAUGUUUUGGACUAUAAUUCCCAUCUUCCCCGACCACUGGUCCUGUUAGCUAGGGAUCAUGGGAGUUGUAGGCCAAAACAUCUGGAGAGCCGCAGUUUGGGGAUGCCUAUCCUAGUCCAUCUUAUGGUCCAAUCAUCAUGCCCAGUGAUGUUGUGUCCUUUGCUGGCACCCAGGGCAUACAUGCAUACGUGUGGUCGGGACUGGGGGUGGGACGCAGCAGGUGAACAAAACCCACCGUGCCAGCACUUGCCAGUGAUGCUGCUGGGUGGGCACAGGGCAUGGAGAAUUCAUGGGGCUGUGCUACGCCACUUGCCCACAUGGGGAAGCCCAGCUGGCCAAUGAGACCCUUGGUAGGCGCAUCCCCACAACACUGGCCAGGCAGCCAUUAAGUGAGGGGCCAGGGACAUGGCAGCAAGGCCAGGCUGGGCUAUGGGGUCCAGAGACCCCAGGCGGCAGGCAGAGUGGGACGGGGAUCCGGGGGGGGGGGGCUGGUUGGCACUCCCUCAAAAUCAUGCUCCCAGAGCUAUAUCCCUCCUGGCAUCUCCCCCCCCCCCGCUACAUUCCUGAUUAUGCCGCACUGGUUCUUUUUCUGUUGAUUAUUUAAGUAUACUGAUACCUACUAAGGUUCCUGUGAUCAAAAGUUCUGUCAAUUUAGCACUGGUUCUUGGUAAUUGUUAGUAGUGGUGUGCUUCACAUUAGACUGCUCCUGUCCUAUCCUGUCAUGUAUAUGUAGAAGCAUAGAAAAAACUUAAGCUAGCUAAGGGCUGCUUCACACAACCUGUUUUCUCUGUAUGAAGAUAAUAUCCAUGUAGUCAAAUGGCUUGUGGGAAGUGUAUUUGAGAGUGUAGAAUCAGGCAAAGGAGUUUACUGACAGUGAAAUUGUGCUUUCUGUUCUGCAACCACAGAUUAGAUUAGAUUUCAGCCAAGUGUGGACUUUCACUGCCUAAUCACCCUUCUAAUCAAGACAAUGGAAUGCAAACAAUGUUCUCACUGAGCUAAUUCAGUUCCAUUAAAUUGAUUUGUUACUGGUUUUGAAGUAUAAUGUGUUUGUAAUUUUUUUUUAAACAAAUCUAUCUAGUGCUUAGAAUGCAAUUCACAAUUCCUAUGCAGUUUUUCAUAAAUGGUAAUAAAAUGAGAGUCGAAAAUCAUGUUUACAGGCACACUGUUCUGUUGUCAUGGAUGUUAUUUGGAUUUUUAAAUUAUUAUUGACUGAAAACUACAUAUACGCUUGAGUUUGAGCUCUUUGGUGGAUUGUUCUGAGGUCCACAAAAGCUUAUGCCAAAUAAAAUGUUUCUAUUCCUUUAUAUGUUAUAAUAAUUGCUAUAAUUUGAGAGCAAUCACUACAGUCUUCAGGUGUUUUCAUUAAACUCUGACCUUACUAUUCAACAUAAAGAUUUAGUUUUCUUUCUACUACGGCUGCAUGUUUGGUGAUAGCAUACUUUAGGAAAUCUCAAGCUGAGCUACCCCCUCAAGGUAUGGUUCAACAACAUUUGGGAUGUGGCUAUCUCAGAGCAACUAACUGGGUUUAGAAGGGGAGCAAAAGGUACUGUAAUAAAAGACGAUAACAAUUAUCUCCCACCAACAUUUCAGUUUGUCUGUGGAUAGGCUAUAUUACCAUUAAUGUCUUAAGAAUGUACUUGAAAUGACAUUACAAACUCAAUGUAAUUUCUGUGUGUAUAUUGUAUUGUAUAACUAGACUCUUACCCAGUUGCUAUUGUUUAUUAUUUUGGAAAAUAACUUUUUAUUGCAAAAAAGGGGGAAAAUCAAAUAGAGAGGAGGGGAGAUAAAUACCAUAAGAUACAGCUGACCACACAGUUGUUGAGGCGUAGAUAGAAUAUAAAUUGGCUCAGGUUUGCUAAAAAAUAUUUUCCAAAUAUUUCGACCAGCUUCUGUGGCCACAGCAGUUCCAUUAGCAGUGCUUUUUUUCAAAAAAUGUUUAGGGGUACUUUCAUUUUCCUACUCCUAUUGAAAUACUGCCCCUCAAUGAGGCCAAACUUAGAUUCACAAAAUGCUUAGGGGUAUGCGUCCCUCUGCGUCCCCCCAGAAAAAACCACUGGUGUUAAGAGAUAAGUUGGGCUUCUUUCAGCGAAGUAAUAAUUGAAUUAUUAUUGCAAAUAAUUUCAUGGUUUUAUUACAAUCAAAUGGUAUAUAAAUUUUGCUGAAUAAAAAAAUAUUAACAUUUAUAUUGUGUGCUUUCUGCCCAAAAACAUGUUUUUGGUGAUUGUUUCAGAAAUGAUUUCCUGCACAAUCUUGGUUAGUCAGAAGCUGUGGGGCUGAAUUUUGAAUUUGAUGUAUCUUAUGGCUGAUUAAAAUGUUACAGUCCCUAUAGGGAAGCUCUAAAAAUUGUUUUGAUAAACCUGCUAUAAUGCUGUGCUAUUAAUGCCAGCAGUUUCCAGACAUUUGAGCUGGCAUGUGUAAUGAGAGUGUUGAAGCAUUCAUUACACCUAUAGUUGAAAUAUUACCAAGAAGGUAUGGUUUACUUAUCUGCUGGUGGUGGCUCUUCUAAAUCACAGUUAAUGAUUUGAUAAGAUUAAAUGGACUUUGCAUUUUUACAUGUGGAGUAGCAUUGCAGGGAGAAUCAAAUCUAGAAUUUGAGUUCCUGCUGGACUACAGUAUCAGUGACUAGAAUGAAUAAACACAAAACACAAAUAUUGCAAAAUAUCCCUGUAUUCAUGAAUCAUUGUCAGAUAACUGUUUUAACAGUGGACCUUGGCCCUUACUCUGAAGUAGCAUAGCUAGAAUUGCUAACAUUAAACAAAGUAACUAAGGAAACAUUUAAAUGACAAGAAAACCUUCCACAAAUGCUUACAGAUCUCUGUGCAGUUGCAACACAUCUGCAAAUGGAAUGCCAUUUUGAAGAUCUCAGAAUGUAAUUAUAGGGGUUGAAUAUUUUGAAAUUAUUUUCAGAUACCAUCUUGAAAAUUUAAAAUAAAAAUUAAGUGAAUUUAUCAAUUUAGACACAAUGCUAGAUAUUGACACAAUGUGUCUGAAAAACUACAAACUACAACCAUCCUCAAACUGUUAUCUAUUAUCUCUUGAAUAUUAAUCUUCCUUAUCAGGUCUUAUUACAGUUUAAUAGCAGUUAUCACUUUUUAUAUUUUCCUGGGUAAGAUACAUGAUGACUAUCAAUACAUGUUGUCAGUCAUGAUUGCCAUUUGAUCUCUGUCUUCUUCCUUGAUGAUGGCACUCAUGUUUUGUUGUGAUGGGAGUAAGCCUAGAUGAUGAGUUCUGGGCUCAUGCACUUUUCCAUCUCCAUUCUCUCUCUUGGGUGGCCACGAAAGGUAAACUGAAAGCUUUUUGAUUAAGCACAAUUUCAUUUUAUGUCUGAACCCUAAACUGUGGCUAAUCUUAGCUAUGGAUUGUUUGAAACAAGCAACUCUAUAAGCCAUGGUUUAAAGUUGGCUUGUUUCAACCAAACCAUAGUUAAGAUCAACCACAGUAUAUCUGGUUUGCAUGAAAGUAUUUUGAAGAUGUUGCCAGGUAUUUAUUCCUAGUAGUCAGCUUUCUGUAUUCUCAUUCUUUGUCAGUUAUGAAAUGUAUCAUGCUGAUAGAAUUGCUUUUUAGAGAAAUGUCAGAGCUUUCCCUAUCUCUAGUACUGACAUAUUAUACUAAUAGCCCUUCCCAUGUUUGGUUAGACUGUUUUCAAGGUGUUAAUGGUUUGUUUUUAAAAAAAGUUAAGUUCUCUACUUAUCAUAAUUAACCACUGAACUCCUCCUAUAUAGCUUUCUUGAUUACAUCAUUCACUAGAUUCUUUAACAGAGAAAAAUGUUUGCUCUUCUUUUUAUUCCACCAGCUUUAUAAAUGUCAUAUCCUCCCUCCCUAUCAUAAGCUGCAAUAGUUGCAGCUUCAUAUUCACUUUUAAAAGAGGGCAGCAAUAACUUACCUUGGCUUCAGUAUUCUACAUUACUCCUUCCAUUAAUCAUUUUGGAGCUUGCUAAGUCUAUUAUGAAAAAAAUUAACUUAGUAAAAUAAAAAUAAAGGACUAUGUGCUGUUCAGUCUAUUGAAACUUUGACUUUUUUGAAGUCAGGACUGUGACAUACUUGACAUCUGCCACGCUUGGGUCCUACUGAAUUCUGUUUAAUACCCAGUGUAUUAAGCUGCUGUUGGAAAAUGGUUAAUACUAUUGCCUAAAACUUAGAACUGUCCGUCACAAACAAUGUUACAGAUAACUAAUACUUAAAACAUCAGGAUAGAAAGGAUUAUGCUGCCAAUUUAAAUUCAGAAUGGUUUAUGCUGCCAUCGUGAGGAGAUAUAUAAAAUAUCAUUAACCUACGGUAAUUAUUUUCAGAACUUUGCCUUUAUAACAGAGCUUUCUGUCAUUUCAUUUUUAGUAUUUUUAUUGAUUUGUUUAAAAGUACAAACAUAAAAAAGAAAGCAAACAAAGAAUACAAAAUGUGAACUAUAAAGCACCACAACCUGGAAGGACAAAGGUAUUCUUCACCUGUGAGUUCCAUCAUUAUUGCAAUAAAAGAUUCUAUAAAGUCUUAGAUGAGCAGGUAUUUGCGUAUACUGGUGACAUAGGACAUAGGGGGGCGGGGAAGCCUUUUGAGCUCUGUUCUUUAGUUACUUGAGUUUAUGAGAUAUCAUUUCAAGGAUGACAAUUUGCCAACCCCUAGUGUACCAGCAAUCCAUUUUUUAAAAGAUUGAAGGUCUUCCAGGAAUAAAAAAAAUUGUCGAGUUUGUGUUAUAUUUCUGUAGCAAAAGACUUCAGAUCACAAUGGUUCUCUCUGCUGUGCUGCUCUUUUUGCAGAUUUUUUUAAAAAAAUACAGGGGAGCAUUCGGGUAUGUGCAUCCCUUCCUUUGUGAAAUAAUAGAGUCCAUUCUGCAACUGCAUUCUCCAGCAUUUAUAGAUUCAACCUUACUUUUAUAUAGCCACCUAGACUCUUCAUUUUAAAGCUGCAAAGAACUUCAGAAAUAUGGACAAAGAAAUCUAGAGAGGUGGAUUUGCUACAGUUUUCCAAGCUCUGCCACCUCACAUUCACCAGGGUGGGAGACAUUUUUUCUUUCUUUUUCCCUUUCCAAGCUCCAGGUUGGUAUGGUUGAGGAGCUCAGGGAUUAGGCCACUAUGGGGAUCUAUGGAGAUCUGGAUCCAACAGAACCAAAGCUGUCAGUGUCCUGCCCCAAACACACAGUUUUGGGCUUUCUGCCAGCUAACUCAGAUGGUAGCUUUCCACCACCUGCCUGAAGCUGAAGCUUCCAUCAGAGUAGAAUGAAAACAGGGACAUCCUACCAUACCCUCCAACAUUUCUCCAAUGAAAAUAGGGACAUCCUAAGGAAAAGUGGGACAUUCUGGGGUCAAAUCAGAAGCUGGAACAGCUUUUCUAAAUCAUGGAUGUCCCUGAAAAAUAGGGACACUUGGUUCUUCCUGAGAGGAGGUUCUUCCUGAGAAGCAGGAAGUGUAGCUUCCCAGUGGUGCUCAGUGCCCUGACUAGUGCCAGAGGCCAGUUUCCUUUUAGUUUUCCUGUCUUGCAGUUGGGAGUAGAGGGUUCUUAAUGCAGGAGAGGAGGGAAGCGAUAUGGAAGUAUGUAUAAUACAGGCAAGUCCAAACUUGGCCCUCCAGAUGUUUUGGGACUACAGUUCCCACCAUCCCUGACCACUGGUUCUGUUAGCUAGGGAUGAUAAUACUUGCCACCCAUACUGGCUGUUUGUUGCAGGGGAAACCCUGGUGUACACAAAGCAGUCAUCUCUGCUACAUAAAGCUAUGAGUGAUUUCUGGGAAGAGGUCUGCCAUCUUUGUUAAUAGUAGGGUUGAUAGCAUGAUUACAAUGGUAAUUUUGUCAAUAAACCUUAAUUCUCAAUACCAAUAUGCAUUUGACCUGAAAGAAAAUGCUUUUCAUGACUCAUGUAGAUCAGACAUACACUGCCUUAUUCAUAAUUAUAUACAGAUUCUUGGUUUUAAAUUAGUCAGUUGAUUCAGACAUUCAGGAGUUUAUAUUUUACAGCCCUCUUAUGCAAUGGUAUCUCUUCAGAAAGUGCCUGAGCAAUUAUUUGCUUGAAAAAAUUUCUGUGGGGAGAAAUAGCCUCUUCAUUAAUUGCUUUAGUUUUGCCAAAGCCAAGUACAGUUGAGGUUCAAAUAUUAUUUUCAGUUUUGCCAUGCCAUGCAGUCUUAACAGAUUUAAAUAAAAUAAUUUAUUUCUCAAGGUACUUUGAGGCUGUUACUCAUAUGAAUGCUUCAUAUUUUCCAAAACAGUGCUGAGCUAAUUAUUUCAAUAAUGCUCUAUCACUGCAUAUUGAGAUAGAAUGUAAUUCUACCAUCUGCCUCAUCUUUCUGUAUUCACAUUUUAAAUUUGUUCCUCUUUAAAGUUAAACCUCUUAAAUCUUAUUUGGACUUCUUAAUCUAUCCAUAUGGAAAGUUCAGGAUUCUUUUAACCUUAUAAAACAUGUCUUGAUUUUGGGUUGCUAUCUUGGGAUCUUGUCUGGUUUGUCUCUUAGAUUAUGCAACUAAACUGGAAACCUAGCAAUGAGAAUAUCUGCUUAUGUAAUUUAAUAUGAGUUCCCUUUCAAUAUAUUGUAUUUUAAAUCCUAUUUUAAGCAUGAUAAAAGCCUUUUUGUUUUGGAAAUGAAUUAGUUUCUGCAGCAAAUAUUCUUAAUUCAUUUGUUGUACAGCAUCAGUUAUUACUUUUUCCUCUACAAUUGAAUAUUGACACUGAUUUUAAAUAAAAAAAUUACCUCCGGCCUAUUAUUUGAAAGUCUAUUUCCUUGAAACAAUGGUGGCUCAUUAGCUCCAAGUCCAAAAUGUUAAAACAAAAUUCUAUAUCUUUAUAUUCAUUUUUAAGUGGCUUCUAGACUAUCAGUUAUAGCAUUUUGAAUACAAUAAUAGUGUUUAGUUGGACACCUGGUUAUAAUAUUAAUUAUAAUCAGAAACGCUAGUUAUAAGUGUGGAUGAACAGUAGCAAUCACAUAUUAAAUAUUCAACAAUUCACAAUGCAAGGGGUAUAUGCACCUUGGAGGGUUUUUAAAAAACAGAUUAUUCUCAAAGAUACUGGAGGAGAAUUACAUUGGGUGAUGAAAACGAUUCAAACAGAUUUGGCUAUUGGGCUAAAUUACCAAUUUCAUGUUUAGAAUGGGUGGCAGAAACAAAAAUGAAGGUGACACUUCCUGUAUUAUAGUUUUGAACUACUGUAAUGUCAUAUCAGCUUUGUUCAUUGUUCUCCUCUAAUCACGUGAUUGCAAAUAAUCCCACUGAAAGUGUCUCCAUACACAUUUUGGGAUAUAGCAAUAGAGUACUGUACGUGUAUACUAAGAACUAAAACUCACUCGAUUCCUGUUAGAAUCCUUCCUGAUCUCUUAGAACUAUAUGAACCCAGGAUUCACAACUUUAAGGUUCAUUUAUGUAGGCGCCAACUUGCAAAAAAAAACUAUUCGGAGGGCUGCUCCACCCCCGCCAGAAGGUUUUCAGAAGGACAGAGGGAGGAAGGCUAAAGCCACAUGAAUGCAGCCCAGGGUGAGGCCUCCCUUGGCUUGGGGGAGGCUGCCCCACCUUUCUCUUCUACCUGGCACUUCUGAGGCAUGGACAGCCAGGCUCCAAGCAUGGGAGGCAGUACUGCUCAAGUUGGGAUCGGCACUAAGAGGCUGAGCUGGGGGGCUCACCAGGGGACAAUGGCAGACCCAGCCUGGGCACCCCCCCCUCUUCUCCCCAUCCACAAGCCAGCAGGCAUCGGGAGGCAAGGAUGGAGGGUGCCCUGGGAGAGUGAGGUGGGUGCUUGAUCGGGUGCCUUAUCUGCACUCUCAUGUGGCAGCGGUGGAAAAGGAGGCUGGGGUGGCUUGGUAUGGUCAGUUUUUUGGGGGGACACUCCCUAAAUAUUACUUUGGGAGGGGCAAAUGUGUAUGGGCCCCUUCGUGUUGGUGCCCAUGAUUUAGUGUUGUGUCUGAACGCAAGCACUGUGUCCAAGUCCAGUAGUCUUUAUGCUUCCAUACUGCUGUUUGAUUUUCUAAGGAUCAGUAUAUAAAACCUAUGUUUUAUAUUGGAUAAGUCUAAACAAUAUUGGUUACCUGGAAACACAAUUAUAUUACAUACCAUUAAUCAGUGUAGGAAAUCUGACUCCUUUCAGGGUUCAGAGUUAGUUCCAAUCUAUCUUGCUUACCUGUCAGAUUAGGAAAGUAAUUGUCUUAAACCAAUUGUCUUGCACAUUAUUCAUGAAUGACGUGUCAAUUUCAUUUGGUUCAUAAAAGCCUGAGGAUGAGAAUGGGAGAUAAAGUGAUUUUUCAUUAUUUUGUAGCUGUCUUUACAGCCUCAUAAAUCACUAUAGAUCAGACGAAUGCAUUGGGGGGCCGGGGAAACAAGACGGCUUUAGAAAACAGAAGUUUGUUUGGCUUUGAACAUAGUUUCUUAUCAGCAAUAUAAAAACCACCUAAAAUCCUAUGAAUCACAUGAAUAAUUUUUGUUGACAAUGUAGAUGGAAGCAUAUCAGUGCAUUGGUUACAAACUCAAUAGGUUACUGAGAGUUUUCAAAUUGAGAGUUAAAUGUAAAACUAAAAGACACCUAUGAUGAGUUGACUACUGCUUUGUGCACAUAACAUUGCAAAAAUAUAGCCAUUGGAAUUUAGAGCCUGUUACAACCUGAUUGUGUGUGCAUCUGGUGUGGUUACAUUUGCUACCUGAUGUCAGCAAUUAUAGUUCUUAGAGAGGCAUCUUUUAUAUUUUGGUGAAAGCCUACUUUAGAAAGUUAAAUUUAUCUUUUUCUUUAAAAAAAUAACCAAAAUCCUCUGAUGUCACUUGAUUUGUUUAAAUCAGGGUUUAUGAACAUUUUCUGACCUGCUCCCAUUAGCUCCCACCUGCAGAGCUGGAAUUUCUACAUUUGUUAUGAGUGUAGUAAGGUGCACCUCUGUAUAGAGCAGCAAUGAUCUAUACAGCAGGGUCAGGCGCACCUUAGGCUUGCAAGAUCUGCUUUAUUUUUAUUGCAGGCUUUCCAUACGUAUUGCAUUGGCCACUGUGAGAACAGGAUACUGGAUUAGGUGGGCCACCAUCCUGAUCCUGUAGGUGGUUCUUAAGUUCUUAAUAAUUCCAUGAUCCACAGUCGUGUCACACACAAGCCCUCCUGCCUUCUUCGUAUCAGUAGCCUAAUUUAGAAGCUUAUUUUAAAGCAAAAUAAUUUUGUUUUAAUAAUUGUGUAGGCAAAUAGUUCUUUACAAGCUCAACAUGUUUACCUAAAACAAAAUUGGUGGUUUGCUGUGAAUCAGGCAACAAUUAGUUGCCUAUGGUGAAUAAAAAAUCCUUUGUAGGUAACCAUCCAGGAAUAUUUUUUUGGGGGGGGAACUGGAAUAAAUUUGGCUCUUUUUUCCCUUCAGACCAUCACUGUGCCACAAUAAGUAAAGUAAAUACAUGUGGGCAGGCAGUUAGUAAUUUCUGUGAAUGACUUAUAAGACUGGGUCAAGUGGGUCAUCCUUAUACCCCUUUCCCCCAGUGCCUCAUGAACUACGAUGGAGUAAUGUACAGAUUGUAGAAAUAAUUAUACAGAGCCUUCAAAUAAAUGGUGACUCUUAAGUUUCUUUGGAGACAUUCCUUCUAGGGUGCAGCCUGUGUUCUAAUGCUUGGAACUGUUUGUGGCAAGCUUCUGAAAUUUGUCAUUCAAACUAGGCAGAGUUAGGUAACAAAAACUGCUUCAUGACAUAUCAAGAGCAGCUUGCCUGGUAGUGCAGAGCCACAACAAUUAGCCUCCUGGCAGCAGUGUCACUAGUAGCGAUAAUGUGCAUAUAGUGGCGAAUUUGAAACUGUUAUGUUGUGUUUUUGUUUCGCAACCGAUCUAUCGAAGGGUUAACCCAGACUCCUGGUUAACUGGCAGCAACAUUCCAUGGGAGGCGGGGCCUGCAUGGGGUUUAAAUGAAAAGGGGAACAGUUAUGUCAGUUGGCGGUUGGGGGUUUUGUGUGGGAGCUUGGGUGGUUGUGGAGAAGGUAGAGUUAGAGUAGAUGAAGUAGUUGAAAGAUAUUCUGUUGUUUGAUUACCAAGAACGUUACCUGUGAAAUUAAGUUUGUACCAAUGUUACCAGAAAGCAACCAUUAAGAUUCAAGCCAAUAAAUAUCCAUCUUUAAAGUGUCAUACCAGUAAUCGUCUAUUUCAUUUUCCAGCUAAGGUAUGCAGGAACCCAGUUGGUGGGGAACUCUUUUAAACUGUCAAAACUGCCUUUUAGAGGAGGAAGGUUAGUUUGUGGCUGAGAGUGCACCAAGAAAAGGAGGGGGGCUAAAGGAGGAGACAGAUUCUGACUUAUAAUAAAGUUACCUCAGGAAGGAGGCUAGCUUUACAGUGAGGGUGUUUCUAGUGAAGUGAAAACCGUUAUCUGAGUACACAUAGGAACAGUCUUACUUAUAGCCCCAAGUCUAUAUAGGUACCUGGUCACGUUUAGGCUGGAAGAGGACUCUCUUUUAUUUUUGAAAACCCACCAGUGCUAGAGGGUUUAAAGAAAGGCUAGAGGGGUAAGUGGGAGGUUUGAGUUACCUCAGAAAUCCCUGUUAGGGCUUCUAAUAAUUGAGAGGUCAAAGUUAAAAGACGGAAAGUAAAGGACUUUCGUCGCACCUCGGUUUAUGAACACCUCGGUUUAUGAAUUUUCGGUUUACGAACGCCGCGGACCCAUCUGGAACGGAUUAAUCCACUUUCCAUUACUUUCAAUGGGAAAGUUUGCUUCAGUUUAUGAACGCUUCAGUUUAAGUACUCCGCGGACCGUCUGGAACAGAUUAAUCCACUUUCCAUUACUUUCAAUGGGAAAGUUCGCUUCAGAACCAAUUGUGUUCAUAAACCGAGGUACCACUGUAUUGACCAGAGGGGAACUCCCCAUGUUUUCUGGAAUUCCUAGCUACUUUUAUCUGGUUAUAAUCGGAUCUCUUCUGAUCAUUGACAUAUUUAAUUUCAGCACUUUGUUGUGUCUAGAAUUACUGAAACCUACCAAACUUUUUUGUUUGAUUGAUUCAUUUGUGUUAUUUUGAAAAGUUACUCUUGUGUUUUGUAAUGUUCUUGCUGAAAAUCUGCAUAAAUCACAUAUCACAGAACCUCAAAUGCAAAUAUAAAAUCUUUGCAAUAGAGAAAAUAGGCAACUAUGUUAUGUUUCUGGUUGUAAUUUUAGAAACUGAUUUUGUGAUUAUGUUCGUUAUUUGAAAGUAAUGUAUGCGUAUCAUGAGUGAUUAGGAUUCCUCUUAUGGAUUAUUUUUGGCACACUUUGGUACCACUGCUGGUUUGUUGAAAGUUUUGUUUGUUAAAGUUAAGGUUACAUGUUAUCAGUGUGGUGUUUUAUACUGCUGUUGGCAGAAUGAAUAUCUUAUUGUAAUGCAUAAGUGCAAAAUUGGCAGUAGCAGCUGGUUGGGCGGAAUUGACUUAGCUGGCCUCCUAAUGCCAGGGGGGAGGGGCAGAGGGAAGUUGGCAGGGAGGGAGAGUUGUGAUGCAGGUGCCCAGUGGAGCCAGUCUGGGCCCCCCUCACCUGUCCCUGCAUUGCUUCAACCUCCCAGCCGAUUUGCCCCAGGUGGCGCUGUGGUUAAACCACUGAGCCUAGGGCUUGCUGAUCAGAAGGUCGGCGGUUCGAAUCCCUGUGACGGGGUGAGCUCCCGUUGCUUGGUCCCAGCUCCUGCCAACCUAGCAGUUCGAAAGCACCUCAAAAUGCAAGUAGAUAAAUAGGAACCACUACAGCGGGAAGGUAAACGGCGUUUCCAUGUGCUGCUCUGGUUUACCAGAAGCGGCUUUGUCAUGCUGGCCACAUGACCUGGAAGCUAUACGCCGGCUCCCUCGGCCAAUAAUGCGAGAUGAGCGCGCAACCCCAGAGUCGGUCACGACUGGACCUAAUGGUCAGGGGUCCCUUUACCUUUACCUUUAUAGCCAGUUGGGAAGGAAAGUUAGGCCUGGCACUCAUUCACUAACCAGAUUGGCAAGUACCUUAUAAUGUGUUUAUUUUCAUAAUGUAACAUUAAUACAGAAUUGUCCUAUCUUAGCAAGUACGAUGUCAUGUGUUCUUUCAUAGAUAAAACAAAAGCAUUGUAGAGCAAGCAGAUUUACACUAAGGCAUAUAAAAAUUACCAAACCAGUUCUACAUUCAGACUUUAGUAGAGUCUCAUUCCCAUGAUCCAAAAUACAAUGCAUGUUGUGAAAUUGUUCUUAGAAUGUUUUCUGUAUUUUUAUGAUUAAUGUUUCAGCCCUUACUCAAUUUGAGACUUCCUAUUCCUGAGGCUAAAAAUGACCUUCAACCUGCUCUUGUAGGUUGGAAACAAGCAACAGCAGUACUUCAAAUAUUUUAUCAGGAAUAGUUUAGAUUGUUUGUGGAAGUGAUAGUAAGUGAAUGUCAGCUUGUAAGCCUUAAUAAGGAAAGCUAAUUCUGGAAGCUCUCUCGUUAUCAGUCCAUUAAGUUCAGGAGCUAUUAUAAGCUAUUUCAGUUCCUUUACAACAUUUCAUUGAAGGCCUUUAACUUGGAUUGAAAAUGCAAAGGCUUGUCAACAUCUGUUUAUUAACUUUUAUAAAACGUUGAAACAUUUCCAUUGCAAACUAGUCUAAAUAUUGGUAGUAUGCAUGUUAUUUUGUGGAAGACUAGCGUUGCUCUGAAUUUAGCUUGUACUAGACCUUAGAACCAAAUCCUUUGAAUUCAGAAUUUCCCCAAGCUAGUUACUGUCAGUCAGCUUAUAAUGCUGUCUACCUAGGUAGAGCCUUUUCUGGGCUCAGUUUGUAAGUAAAUAAAUAAUAGUGAAAAUGAUCAGAAGAAGAAGAAAAAGAGAAGAAAGAGAAGGCUUUCUGAACUGGCAAAUGGCCAGAAUAUUCAAUAAACUUCGGCAGUCUAGGGAUUUUUGGCAAUGUUUGGUCUCCUAGUCUAAAAGACACUCUUCACACUUAGCGCCUGCAAGCCUAUAGCUCAAGGGGCUUAAGUGCUGGCCUUCUCUAUGUUAUCAACAUGGUUGCCAUGUUGCUGAUAUUGCAGAAGCACUGCCUUUGCAGACAAUUUACAAAAUGGUAAUGAAACAAUACAAUAGUUUAAAAACUUGGUCCAGGAGGACCAGGUGCGUAGCUAGCUGCUCCGGCACCAGGAGCGGCAUGGCGGGAUGAGCUACGCAUGGGGGCAGGGUGAGCCGUGCACGGGGGCGCCGCACGGGGGCCUUGCAGCAAUCUGUGCACGGGGCCCCCGUGGCGAGCUGCCCAUGGAAUCCGCCUGGCAGACGCAAGCCCCACGCUGCCAUUUCGGGCAGUGCAGGGCUCCGAGCCACCACGUCAUUCCCAGGAGAGAUGCAUGGCUCGGGCGCAAUGCAGGCCAGCCCCCACGGUAAGUGCCGCUCCUAUGGUGUGCCGUUUUGUCACCCCUCUCAAGGAUGACACCCGAAACGGGCUGCACCCCCCUUCCUACACUCCUGAAGAGGACUUGACUGCUUCGAUCUGCUGCAAAGUUUGACACAAUAUGAGAAAACUCACAUCUUGAAAUAGCUAAAGGGCUGUCAUAUGGAGGAUGGAACAAGCUUGUUUUUUCCUCCAAAGGCUAGGGCUAGUUCAAAUUACAAGAAAGGAGGUUCUGACUAAACAUUCCCGAUGGUAAGAGCUGUUUGUCAGUGGAACAGACUUCCUUGGAAGGUGCCGAACUCUCCUUUGGAGGUUUUUAAGCAAAGGUUGGAUGGCCAUCUGUCAUGGAUGCUUUAGUUGAGAUUCAUGCAUUGCAAGGGGUGGGACUAGAUGACCCUUGAGGUCCCUUCCAACUCUACAAUUCUAUGAUCUCCAUUCAAUGGCACUAGUCAUUGUACAUUACUAGUGCUAGGGCCUUUGUACAAAUUUAUUAGAGAAGAAAAGAAGUAGCAACAAGAAAACAUGAAAGGCUGUUUUAGCAGAGGUUCUGUAUAAUCUACCAAUAAGAUGCUCAAAUGAAAUGGAAGGUACACUGGUGCAGGUGCUUUGUUAAUGUUAAUAACUCCUGUUCAGAAUUUAUAUUUGUCAUGUAGCAGUUUUUCAUGUGGGGACUAUGCAAUAUUUGCUGACUGGUUUCAUAAGUUAUCACAUGCUCCUGCCCUUGGUUUAGAGGUUGAGUUAAAGGCAAAUGUGUAUUAUGUGUAUUUCCAACUCCAAGAGUCAUACAAGGGCUGAAGAGGAAAAAAUUCUCUUCUAUUUAAAUUACACUUUCUCUGUCAACAGGCACUGUUUUCUCAUACCUUAUCCUAACAGAAAAGAAGCACAUCAUUUCAUAAAUUUGAGACGAAAUAACCACAGUGGGCUAUUAUGUAUCUUUUUGGGAUAUUGCUGAAACUAUAAAAUGUGUUGCUGAAACUAUAAAAAUGCCUACAUAGACAUGGGUCAAUAAAUUUGGGUGCCUGGAUUUUUGCAGCAUAUUAUAUUACUAGAAUUAAUAGUACCAUACUUUCUAACAGUGAAAGUGAACUUCCUUUUUGAAAUUGCUCUUAGUAGCAAAGAAGGCAAUCACUUUAACAGACACGAGCCACUUACUGGAGCUGCAUAGCUUUUUUAUUACCAGAACUGGUGAGGGAGGUUUGAGAUAAACCAGGACUUCAAAACUCAGGAGACAUUGAUUUGUAAAAGCAUUAAAUACUUUUCAGACAACAUAACUAUUCUUGAAUAAAAAAAAUCAGGAUUAACAAGCACAUCAGAAGUAUAGAAUUGAAUCAGACCACAUAUUCAUUCAUUGGAGUUUUAUGUUUAUCAUCUUAUGCCUGUCAUUCUUGUUGUCCUGCUCCUCCUACAAGAGAAAUCUCUAGUGACUUAAUGGUGCAAGUAAACCUCAGUCUUAUUUGCUUUCUUAUGUUACACAGGUAUUUCUUAUUUUAAUGAACAAGAGGUCUCAUUUGGAAAUUUUGUGAGAUCACUGUUAUAAUACAUUUUAACUCAUAGUUUAUUAAUUACGUAUAUAACCUCUUCUACUCUGAAGACUUGGGGUAGAUUACAAUUAAAAGGGCAUAAAGCAGAAUAAGUUAAGCUACAGUUCUACAAGACCAUCACCUAUCUUCUGACUUGACAGUAAUCACAGAAAGCCAGUCAAAGUAGAAAACUUUUGGACAAAACUGCAUAGUAUAGGCCAGGGUCCCCAAACUAAGGCCCGGGGGCCGGAUGCGGCCCAAUCGCCCUCUCAAUCCGGCCCGCGGACAGUCCGGGAAUCAGCAUGCUUUUCCAUGAGUAGAAUGUGUCCUUUUAUUUAAAAUGCAUCUCUGGGUUAUUUGUGGGGCAUAGGAAUUCGUUCUUAUUUUUUUUUCAAAAUAUAGUCCGGCCCCCCACAAGGUCUGAGGGACAGUGGACUGCCCCCCUGUUGAAAAAGUUUGCUGACCCCAGGUAUAGGCAGUUGCAGCAUGUUAUCUUUUCUCUGACAUUUUCUCUUUUUUCAACCACAAAUGGUCUCUGAGGUUGAGGGCUCAGCCACACUUUCUCUUUAAGUCCAUACAUCUUUGCUGUUUCAAUUUGGUCUGGGGUUGGGUGUUCCCACAUGUGAUUAUUGCCUCAGAUUUUACUCAGGGAAAGACCCCUGAAACCCUGUUCAUUCUUUUGAUGUUUUCUCCACCCACUGGCGGAGGGGCGGGGGGGUACCAUCACAGUUGCCCCCCCAGACAUGCAAGGUUCACCCCCUCACCGCGCUGGGUGCCACGCCCCAGGAUGCAUGCCACACACCCCGCGGGCGGUGCAUCAUGCCCCCGGGACGCACGCCACGCCCCUGCGGGCGGCAUGCCAUGCCCCCGGGAUGCACCCCCUGUGGGCAAUGCACCAUGCCCCCAGGACGUGCACCAGCCAUGCCCCUGCCUGCUCUCCACCCCCGGUGCCAGAGUAUGCAGCUUCGCCACUGUCUCCACCUUCAGUUCCAACCAUCUGUGGCAGAAAGUCAGCGAGUCAAUCAGACAAUCAGAGAAUUGGAUAAUCAGAUAAUCGGAAAACUGGAUAAUCAGACAACUGAAUAGUCAGAGAGUUGAAAAUCAUCAGAAACAAAUUAUGUUCUCAUAGCCAGACCUGCGUUUAAACAAACUGCUAAGGUGGCAGAAAUUACUUUUGUGUUAUAUAAUCGGUUGGGUUGGCAGUGCUGAGAAUGGACUGCUCUGAAGUUACAAAGGCAACUGAAAAAUGAUCCGAGAAAUGAGAGGAGGUGAGAAAGCAGCUCUGGGGAAAGUACGAGAAAUCCUGUCCAGGAGCUCUUCUUUUUGGUGCAGUAUUGGAAGUGGGGCAAAUAUUUCUUAUCCCAGGAUCUCACAAAACCUGAUUCUUCAGUUAACAUUGGGUUUUAACCAAAGCAGUGGAAGAAAAGGAAAAAGAAAUGUUUUGAAUGCAGCAUAAGAGAUUAAUACAGAAUAUGAUGAAAAUGAAAUGAAAGUAAUUCUGCAGUGGUUGGGAGGGCACCCAUCAAUAAUGUUUGCCUUGGAUGCUGAAAUAUUGUUAUGGUUCUUAGAUGGCUCUGAUGGAUUCAUUACUCUGCAGGCAUAGCUGGUAAUACUGUAGAAAGCCUAGUUUCUUGAAAAAGCAAAGUUGGCACAAUCACACAUAGAAUUUUCUACUGGCUAGAGCCCAAGGAUCCCCUUUGUUUUCUGAGGAGCUUGGGGGCAGUGAAGUCUCUGUGGCAGCGAUAGAAGGCUCAUGAUGAAAACUAACGGAGCAUAGCUAUAGACUGUUCUGUGGCAAUUAUGAUGUCAAAUAUGGUAUAAUGUCAUCUUUUGCCAUUGGGUGAAUGUAGUGCCAUUCACAGAAACUGUCCUGUGUGGUUAGGAGCCCUUUACACACCCUCUGCUCUGCUAUGUCCCAUAUGCUUCACACAUUACAGAUUAGAUCAUUUGCAACUGUUCUGAUUUCGGUGCCAUUUUCGCUCCAGAUAUGGAUUCGCGGGUGAUUGAAGUUUUCACUAGUCCUUUUGUGUUUGGAUUCUUGAUAUCUUCCUGUUUGUGCAACCUGGAGCUGUCGACAAGAUUUUUGGAUAUGUGAUAUCCACAACUAGUUUCCCCCCCAUCAGUGCCCACCUUGGCUAAUCAGAUCUGCUACUAGAUGGUAAAAAUAAUAAAUGGCAGAGCAGGUGACCCCUAUGGACUAGAAAGAGGCCAUUCUUCCCAUUUUAAAACAUGAAGCACCAGCAAACUUUAGUCCACUUGGAUGAAUCAUUGAACAUGUUGUGACAUCUGAACUCCACAUAUUCUUCAGUUAUAUUGAUUACUUUUACCCAGGUUUGGAACUGAUACUCCCCUGGUCCUCCUGUGGAGGGACUUCCCUUCUCCUCGCUUCAUGUUCUCCCCUAAUCUGGUUGGAAGAACUCUCAGAACAGAACACAUGGGGGUGAGAGAGAAGGGAUAUUUUUCCUUUGGGAAAGCCUUAGUGUGACUUCAAAUUGCACCCUAUAUCUUUAUGGUGGACCAACUGAAACCAGUCAAAAUAAGCAGGACAGAAAUGAAUUCAAGUCCUCCGGACUCUCUCAGAAGGUGCUGGACUCACCUUUCUGAUGGUAAGAGCUGUUCCAUAGUGGAACAGACUCUCUCCUUCACUGGAGGUUUUUAAUUUGUAGUUGAGAUUCCUGCAUUCCUCUCAGAGUCUCUUCCAACUCUUCAAUUCUAUGCUUCUAUGACAAUCUCAGCAUUUAAACUAGAGCCUUAAGUACAGCAGAAUCUGAGCAACUUUGCUUGUAAAGCAAAUGCUAAAUAGGUAAAUGGUGGACUUAAUUUUCAGACAGAGACUGCAUGAAUACCGCAGCUUUUUGUUAUAGAAGUUGGUUUAACAUACUUUGUAGAACAGUACACAAUUUUCAGAGUACAUUGACAGUGCUGGUGAAGUAAGAGGUUAAAAGACUGAACUACUAAUCAGGAAGUCCUUGGAUGGAAUAUUUUAUUUCCUGUGUGCUCACAAGAUGGCCUUGGACAAGCCAAUUUCCUUCAGCCCCCGUCAGCAUAUGGAGAACUAAAUACUAGUUUAUAUUGCAGGGUUUUUUGCAAGGAUUACAGUUACAGUAUAUAGUGCAUAUGAAAGACUUGGAGCACUUGAAAGUGAUACAAAAACUUUGAACACUUAAAAGGACAUUACUUAAUGACAUAUAAUAUUCAACUUUUCUAAUUGUGUCUGAACAGAUAGUACUACAAUGAAAUAACUUUAAGGCAAGCCUUAAGGAAAGUGUCAAAGGUCUAAUCUACAAUUCUCACAGAUGGCAUGACUCAUCAGUUGACAGUCUGGAAACCUUGUUUCAUCUGGCCAGUUUAAGUUUGUGUUCUUAAUGCUGGCAUGUGCAGGAAUGUGAAGUGAUUUUAAAUUAUUUCACUCAUAUUGUUUAGAUUGGUAGAGAAGAAUAUUCUGGGAGUUCAUUUGCAAUGCAUACAGUCUUAGUUUUAUUUGUAAAGUAAAACUUGAAGAUUUAAAAAGGUUACUACGUUUGGUCUCACUUUAAUUUUCUAAAAUCGGCUUUCUGUUCAUACUUCUGUUCAUACAUAAGAGCGGUAGACUCAUAAUCUGGUGAACCGGGUUUGCGUCUCCGCUCCUCCACAUGCAGCUGCUGGGUGACCUUGGGCUAGUCACACUUCUCUGAAGUCUCUCAGCCCCACUCACCUCACAGUGUUUGUUGUGGGGGAGGAAGGGAAAGGAGAAUGUUAGCCACUUUGAGACUCCUUAGGGUAGUGAUAAAGUGGGAUAUCAAAUCCAGACUUUGGGAAUAUUAAUUUUAACCAGGUUGUUUUGAAUAACAGCCUCAGGCAAAUUGAGCUGCAGACCACCUUUAAAAUUUUGAUAUGAUAUCAUGGAUCAGAGUAGGUAUAAGGUUUCUUGGUUAGCUUGCUAAAUCACUCCCUUUGUGUAGGCAAUGGCUGUUGGGCCGAGCAGUUAAGCACCAUGAAGAAUGCCCUGGACUGCAAGAGCUACCACGUAGGGUUCACCUGCACCUCCUUUUGUCCCCCCCACCCCCCAAAAUCCACAGUUUAGCACUGAAUUGGAACAAACAGCAACCAGAUUUGCCACAGAUUGCCAUUUGUUCCAAUUUAGUGCUAAAGAGCGGGUUUUCUAGGGGAAAGUGGCAGGGCAAAGGCAAAAUUGCUCAAGGCAUGGGGCAAGCAGAAGUGUGGAUGAGUCCUAAUAAGUGAUGGUAUCCUCUGGGCAAAUGGGUGGGCAACCUCCUUACCUGGUUGUCACUUAGAAGGAGAAUAGCUAGUGUUUGUCAGUUGAGCAAGAAAGCAGGCAGAAGCUGAAGAGACAGAGACACAUUUGCUCUGCUGGGCUCUGGGGAUCACCUGGAAACGUAGUGGAGAAGCAAGAUCUGUUACUGUAUUAAUGUUUUGAAGUCCUUAGGUUCCUGUUGUAUGUUGUUGUCACCCGUCUGUCUCUGGAGACAAUGCACCUUUGGGGAUGAAGUCAAAGCGGUGGACAGUAGCAGUGCUUGCUGUGGCUGUGGAGACCAAUACAGGAGAGACAUGUUUUGUUGCAGUUGGGGGAGAUAAAUGUGCUUGGUUGUGCUGCUACAGAUGCACCAUGACAUUUCUUCUCUUUGUGCUCCUCUCAGCAGUCAUCCCUCCUCUGGUCGUUGUUACGGAUGCAUAAUCUGACACUCUGUCUCCAGGCACUGCAGUCGUCUGCAAGGGAUUCCCACAGGGCAGGGUUAAGUUUGCUAGACUUCAUUUCACGUUUGCAGACAUCUUUGUAACACAGAGUUGGUCUGCCAGUGGGCCUUGUGCCUGAAGCCAGCUCCCCAUAGAGCACAUCACUGGUUGUACAUAUAUGUAAAUAAACUAAAUUGUGCCUAAAGACACCAGAGUUUCUGUUGUCCUUCAUUCCAAGGAAACCCAACCCUGGGUAAGUUCCUAAACCCCUGACUUUGGGUGAUGUGAUUGGGCACAUUAAUUUUUGCCAGCCUGACUGGUGCCCAGUGCCAGCCGAGAAUGACCUUGACCAAGUGAGCAGAGACCUAUUCCAGCCUGUCACAACUAAGGAUCCAAUCCAAUGCCUCUUUACCAAAAAGUUGCAACAUUGCUAUGAAGUAGGCAAAACCAGUCAAUUUGUCUUUAGGAGAAUUCACAUCCUGCCUGUAACCAGCAAACAACAGCUGUCCAUAGCAAAGCCUAAAGCCAUCCCUUGACUGGACCUGGAUAGGAGAAGUUAUCACCCAGGUCCACUCUGAAUUCUGCCCCCUCAGGAGCCUAGCUAGGUGCUGGUUGACUCCCAAGAUCCCAGGCAGUCACAAAUUGUGGGAGAACGCCUCCCCCCACUGCUCCAAGCAAGGUGGGGAAUGAUAAUUUUUACUCAUCUUGCCUGCAGUCUUCAGCCAAGCCCUUUUUUGUGUGAGAACUCAAUACAUCCUGGGUUUCCGCAUACAGUGUUGUUCAAUUGACUAUGCACAGCACCCUCUGUCACCUAUACCAAUUAUCUGCAUUAAUUUAAAACCUCCCACAACUGUGGUAUAGACCUCACAGUCUUGUAAGGAAUUCUUUAGAAUGGCAUUCCUCCUUAGCAUAUUAAAUCCAGCACUAUUUUCAAGCAUGGCUGUGCUUUCAGUUUGCUAGCCUGCUGCCAGUUCAGAAUGUAAGUGCUCAUAGUAGUGUCUUUGACUGUUGUGUAUAUGAUGUUAAAGUUUUAUUGGCAUUGGAUAAUGCAGAAGAGGUUGAAAUUGACGAAUUUAUUAUUGUUCAUACUUUCUGUUGAUAGUUCCAGAUAUGAUUACUUUCCUCUGAAAUGGCUUAUAUGUGAUCUUAUAGAAAUCAGUAGGAAUUUAUGACUAUUUUUUUAAAAAUAAAAGCAGCUAAUUAAACCCUUCUAUGUUCUUUUAAAGACUUCAACCCAGUGAAUUCUUGCAUUGCUAUGAUAUGCAGAGACAUUAGCUAUGGUAGAUAAUAUAAUACAAAUGGUGCCAUUUGGUUUAAAUCGUUGCUGUUUUUAAUUUCCUUUACAGAAUUCAAGGUCAUAUAUCUUUGCAUUUCCAAGGGAAUCCUUGUCAUAGAGAUAAAAAUCAUGUUUCACCUGCAGUCUUGAUCUUCAUUAGCUGAUAGGAGGGAUUUGCAGCAUUGGCAAUAAGUUCUGCUGGUUGCUGGCUGACAGCCAAACCAGGCUGCUGUUUAAGAUACCAGGUCUCUCGCUCUUUUUCUCUCCGUUGUUCUCGUUACAGCAUUCCAAGCCUUCUCUUUGAAAGAAGAAUACAGUACAAGAUUUUAUAUCCAGUUGGGAAUAAGAUGCUUGUUCCUUGCUUAUACUACCACAUGUUUGUGAAUUUUGUGGUAUAUAGUAUUUAGAAGACUGUUGAUAGUGGGAAAUUUUGCCGUUGAGGAAGCAAUCAGAUAUGCGGUCAGAAUUUUAAGACCAGCUCAGAGUGCUCUUGCCUUUUUUUAGUAGGCUGCUGAACGAUGCUGAAUGAUGCUGUACAGAUGGAUGUGGGUGUUUUAAUACUCUGGUUUUAACGUAUGGAAUAUGAAAGAAAUGUGAUUCUAGUACACGAACACAAUGGGGAGUAAAGCUGGAUUUUCAAACUCUGUUUCUCAGCCAGAACAUCCAUUCUUCCAGGUGUCAUGCAGCCACAACCAGCAGACCACAACAUUUAGGCAUCCUGUGACUGGCCAGUUUUCCCCAGAAAACAUUGAGUUUAUUUUACAAGAGGAGCAAAAUUCACUUAUGUCCAAGCAUCUGAUAAACCAAAGACCCUCAAGCAUGGUCAGUGAAACAUCUACUGCAGUGACUACAUCCACUGUAGAUACAAAACCUGGCUCCAAGGUGGUAAAAUCUGGCAAUAAAAUACACAGUUUUGGGAAAAGAGACCAGGCUAUAAGGAGAAACCCUAAUGUUCCUGUUGUGGUAAGAGGAUGGCUUCAUAAGCAGGAUAGUUCUGGCAUGAGAUUGUGGAAAAGGCGAUGGUUUGUGCUUGCUGAUUAUUGUUUAUUUUACUACAAAGACAGCAGAGAAGAAUCUGUUCUUGGAAGUAUACCAUUGCCUAGCUAUGUAAUAUCUACAGUUGGACCUGAAGAUCAUAUAAACCGCAAGUACUCAUUUAAGGCUGUCCAUACAGGCAUGAGGGCUUAUAUAUAUAACAAGAGUUCUGUUAUUGGCUCUCAGGCAGAGCAUUCAGGAAUGCGCACAUACUACUUUAGUGCGGAUACUCAAGAAGAUAUGAAUGGUUGGAUCCGUGCUAUGAAUCAAGCUGCUCUUAUGCAAACACGUUCAUCACCAAAGAGAGAAACAGGAAAUCCAGAUCAGCAAGCUGUUCCUCAAGCUAAUCAUGUGGAUGCCUGCAAACAAUGUGCAAAGUUAGAUUCUGCUGAUGCAAAAGGAUGUUAUAGAAAAUCUCCUGAAACCUCUGCAUAUGAUAAGCAUGAAGAGAUGAGAAAAGCAAUAGAAGAUGAGCAUUAUGCUGUCAGGAAGAACACAGUGGAAUCAAAAAGGGAGAAAUCUAAACAUCCAUUGAUAUCAGAGGUUGGCACAUUGAAUACAGAGUCAAGUCUGUCUCGGUCCCAGAGAGCUCAGCCUGUUGAGAAGAAUGGAACACUUUCCAAUUCGUUAAAUACAAGUCCUGGCCUAGUGGAGCAGAAUGGUAUCGGUUUAUAUAAACAAGGAUUUGUUUCCAGACCAGCUCAAAAAAAGCAGACACAGAGGAAAAACAAUAUGGCUCACAUAGAGCACUGGGUAAAAGUCCAAAAAGGAGACCCCAAAAGUCUUGCAUCUGAUCAGUCCCUUAUUCGCCAAGUGCCCAGUCAUUCCAUAUCUUUUCCUGAGAAUUAUCAUACCUUGCCAAAGAAUACCAGGCAGCCUUCAGGAAGUUCACCACCUUCAAAUCGCAAUCUGCCAAGUGACUACAAGUAUGCUCAAGACCGGGUUAGCCACUUGAAGAUGUCUCAUGAUGAGAGAAGAGCUAACAAAGAUGGUACUGUAUGGCAGCUGUAUGAGUGGCAACAGAGACAGCAGUUUAAACAUGGCAGUCCCACAGCACCUAUUUAUAUUGGUUCUCCAGACUUUACAGACCGUGCUAAGGGAAGAAGUUCAUUAGAUGUUCCACGUUCAGUUUCUGUUCCCCCAUCUCCUUCUGAUAUACCACCACCUGGGCCCCCUAAAUUUUUUCCACCUCGAAGACCACACACUCCUGCAGAAAGGGUUACUGUCAAACCAUCUGAUGAGAGACCAAUGACAGAUGUUCCUUUUGCUGGAUCACCCAUAAAGAUUCGAAGUCAAACUAUAAAAAACUCAGCACACGUAGAUAGGCGUUCCAUGCCUACAAUGGGAUAUAUGACCCAUACUGUAAGUGCUCCAAGUUUGCAUGGGAAAUCGGCUGACGAUACCUACAUCCAGCUGAAGAAAGAUCUUGAAUAUCUGGAUUUGAAGGUAACAGGGCGUGAUACAAUAAAAGAACGAAAUGUGAAACCCAUCAGAAUUGGAGAAAGUGACAUUGAUGUGAAACUCAGUGUUUUCUGUGAGCAGGACAGGAUUCUACAAGACCUAGAAGACAAAAUAAGAGCCCUGAAGGAAAAUAAAGAUCAGUUGGAAUCUGUCCUGGAAGUGUUGCAUAGGCAGAUGGAACAAUACAAAGACCAACCACAGCACACAGAAAAGAUUUCAUACCAGCAGAAACUUUUGCAGGAGGAUCUCAUACAUAUUCGGGCAGAAAUAUCCAAAGUAUCUACAGAAAUGGAAAAUGCCUGGAAUGAAUAUCUAAAACUGGAAAAAGAUGUACACCAGCUAAAGCAAGCCUUACAGGAACAAAUGAACAGAUCGUUUAUUUCUCAGGAGAAAGCCCAAAUGCAAAAAGAUUUAUGGAGAAUAGAAGAUGUUACGGCUGGCCUAAGUGCAAACAAAUCCAACUAUAAAGUCAUCAUAGAAUCUAUAAAGAAUCCAGAGAGAAAAACAGUGCCUUCAUUUUCAAAACCUCUAGUGCCUUCAUUAUCAUCUACUCUCAUGUCAGGGGACAGCAAACUUUCUACUCUGCAAAGUUCACCAUCUAGUCCUGUCAAGCCCUCUUUAGAAGUCAGACUUCUUCCGCAGCCUUAUACGCAACCUAGAAUGUUCUCGCCAUCCCAGCAAAUGAAAAAAGUUGAGGCUCCAGUUCAGUCACCUGUAAGACUAAUGCCAAAUGUUGAAGACGAGGCGCCACCAAGACCUCCUCUUCCACAGUUGUACAGCCCUGAUGACCACCCACCAGCCGUCCCACCUCUUCCCAGGGAAGCCACUGUCAUCAGGCACACCUCAGUGCGGGGCCUGAAACGCCAGUCAGAUGAAAGGAAACGAGACCGUGAACUAGGGCAGUAUGUGAACGGAGAUUAUAGGGUAGAACUCCGCUCGUAUGUGAGUGAACCUGAACUGGAAACAAUAGGCAGUGAUCUGAGCCAACCUUCUGCUGGUUUUCUAGGUACUGACAGUAGAUACCAAACAUUACCUAGCAGAGGAUUAUCUGGCUCAACUUCCAGACUGCAUCAGUCAUCAACAACUACAUCAUAUGCAACAUUUCGAAGAGAUGGUUCCAAGGAUAGACCGAAGAGUGCCUUGGAACGUUUAUACUCCGGAGAUCACCAAAGAGGCAAGAUGAGUGCCGAGGAACAACUAGAAAGAAUGAAACGACAUCAAAAGGCAUUAGUUCGUGAACGCAAGAGAACUCUUGGUCAAGGAGAAAGACAGUCUGUCUCGUCACGAUCAUUCGUCCGGCCUGUUUCUGCAGACAUAGGCUCAUGGAAGCGGGAACAAGAAUUUGACUUGCAGCUACUGGAAAGAGCUGUACGACCAGAACACAAAGAGGAAAAUAACUGGCUAAGAGUUGAACCUGUGUUGGUGACAGAAGCAGACCUAGAACCUCAAGAUUAUAAUUUGGAUAUUAGCAGAGAGUUGUCAAAACCUGAAAAGGUUGCAAUUCCAGAGCGAUAUGUUGAGCUGGAACCUGAAGAACCUCUUACUCCAGAAGAAUUAGCAGCGAGGCACCGUAACGCAGAAAAAAUAAAGAAUAUUCUUACAAGGUCAAGUAUGCACAACCUCCAGCCUUCAGCUCAGGACAAGCACAACUCUGCUAAUUUAGAUUCACAGUUGCAAGAGCAAGAACGCAUCAUUACCAUAUCAUACGCACUGGCUUCUGAAGCCUCUCAGCGGAGCAAGGAGGUGGCAGCUCCGCAAUUGACCUAUCCAUCUAAAGCACCCUCACCUUCUGUACCUCAGCCACCCCCCUUAAGCAAUGGAUUUCACUACACAUUUGUCUAAGCAUCUUGAAACCAAAGCAGUAAAUGAACGCUGAUCCCUGAUAUAAACCGUAACAACAACCUGAAGAAGAGAGCAGCGAGGAGGAAGACUUCCCUACAUUAGCUUUCUCUCCUGUUUGUUUUUUAUUUGAACACACAUUACAAAUAAUAACUGCACAGAAGAGUUUUGUACAAAAAAAGAACAAUUGUUUAUAUAAACAGCACUUUUAAUAUACUAUAUUAUAUAUUGACAUUGUAUAUUGGCAUUGGUUACAACCCUGCACAAUCAACUGCAUUCAAUUCCUGUUGAUGUUAAUAGGUCCUAAUGCUUUAAAGUGCCGGAUUGUGAGCCAGUGUAUUUUUAGAAACUAUAUAUGACUUGUGGUUGGUUGAGUUUUUUAAAGGGCUGCAUUCAUUUAAAAGUUUGGAUGCAUGCAAUAAAGGCAGGUGGAUGUUUUUAGCUUCUUUUUUUGAAAAAGAUUUUUGGAAGCACAUAACAUUUAGGUAGGAAUAAUGAAAUCUUUUCCUAUUUUUUCAGGGUUUAUAAUACAUUUGUUACUACUGAUUAUCAGUCAGAUAAACUUUUACUAAAAUAUUCAAAAUUUCAAUGGUUCUGGAAUCCCAUGCAAACAGCAAAAGGCAGGUACAAAACAUUGCUAAUAAUUGUAUGUCACUGUCCUUUUAUUACGUAGCUUAGUCCAAGCGAACAUUAUCCAGUUACUAUUUCAAAUGUAUAUUUUUCUCUUUAACUUAGGGUGUGGGCACUGAAAUAUUAUGAAUGUGAUCUGGUUUCUAUCCCACUGCAGAUGAAGCACUUGUGAACUACAGAGGAUUGUCAUAUAGGUCAAUAGAACCUCUAUUCCUUCUCCCUACUUCCCUCCUUAAGAGCAAAAGCAUGACUGGCCAUUAAGUGGAAUGUGAGAUCUGGAGCACCUUUCACUCUUUUUGCCUAAACAUGAGUUACUCAUGCUCUGAGCUUGAAUAACUUGUGUCAUGCAGAGAGGGAGACCUCCAAUUCCCUAUAAGUAAUAGCUUGUGCAAAGACAAGAAGAGGGAGUGAAGAGAAACUGGUCUUUUGAGCCCUAUUCUGCACAUGGGUGCUGCACCUGAGGUGGGACUGAAUCAUUCAUGGAAACUGAAAUAUGUAAAGUGAACAAUGCAAAUAUUAAUAGAAUAUAUAAUUUUACAUCUAUAUUCUUUUUAAUUAACAUUUUCAACAACAAAAAAGCAAAAAAACUGACUUGCUAUCAGUUGUUUUUAGCUUUGUAUAGUAAUUCACGUGGUGCCCUCAGUUUUGCUAAAACUUUCAAGUAUAUUUUCUUGAGUCUUGGACAAAAGGCUGGCACAACUGGAGAAAGAAUUCAUGAGAUGCUGGUGGUUUUUUACUUGAAAAUGUGUGUGUGUGUACUCAAUAGUGUGUGCUUUGCAACAGCCAAUGCGCUGUUCAUACUGAGUGAGUUCAAAAUGAAUUCGCACAUAAUUCAGUGCAUUGUCAUAUUUACUGCGGCAUUCUGCUAUAGUGCACUCCUUUUAUACAGAAGAUAUGCAAGAAUGAUAUCAACUCAUUUGAAGUAUUUUGUAAUGAUGGUUUAAGCCAUUAGAACUGCAAGUAGAAGGCCGAGACAGGCUGCCUUUUAUUUCCCAGGAGCGGACCUGGGGGAAUCCGAAGUUUCCACAAGCCCACCCACAGGGAGGUGUCCACCUCACAGGCCUGCCAUUGAUUGGCUGAAUUUGGGCAGGCCUGAAACCAAGGUCCAGCCAGUGAGAUGAGGCCUGGCUGCCUUGCCGGCUGGGAAGCCCCCAACAAACAGGGCUUCCUCCAGAGUGUGGCGUGGCGCAUCAGGACCCAGCCACAACACCGCCACACCCAAAGGAUGAGCAGACAUGCCUUACUGCUGGUCUACAUAUUACACUUGCUUCAUGGACUUUGCUGCAAACAACCUAUUCAUUUUGAGGACAGCCUGCAUUCCACCCCCCACCCCCCAGCUGCCACUAGGAAUAUCCAGCGGCAAUGAAGACUCAUGAAGAUCUCUAAGCAGUGUUAGAUAGGCACAUUGUAAGCUGUUCCAGAUCUACUGGUGUAGAACACUUGCAGUGUAGAGGCUGUCUGAGUGGCCAUACUGUGGGGAGUGCAGUAUAUAUAUUGGUAGCUAGUUGUUGCAGUACUUUGCCAUGAUGCAGAAGUCUGCAACUGCAAAAUCUUUCCAGUCUCUUUUCUGAGAAAAUUCUAUGUGAACAAUGGAGAACAUGGCCUUCUCGUAGAUGAAAAAGGGGGAAAACAUGAGGUUCCAUAGUCAGUUACAGGCUUUGUUAGCAUUAGCAAUUAUUAAUGAGUUUUACAGUAUAUUUGGGGUGCGCUAUAGGCAUUAAAUGUGUGCAAAAAUGUGUUUAGGAUGUCACUGCCCUGUUAGCCUCCCAGAUAAGAGAUGUAGACUAACUGGAGAUAAACAGGUUGUAGCCAGUGAAGUUGUCUUUGUUUGUGGAAGGACCUCCACUGGUUUCAGAGGGGGGGGAGUUGUCCAGAACAGAUGGGGAGACAUGCAGAAGGAAACAGAGGGGAAGUUUUGUUGCACUAGCAGAAGACAUUGUGCGAACAGGACUUGCUUUGUUUUUGCUUUUGUACAGCAGUUCCCUGCAUUGCAUGGCAAACUAAUGAGGUGAUGCUGCCAUUCAGUGAAGUCCUCCUGGGGAGCACGCAGGUCUUUUGGUGUGGUCAGAUAAGCUCUCUGGAUUCCCACACAUUUUAUUGGAAUGGAAUGGUCAAAAUAAAUGUGACAAAUUCAAGUGUCCAGGAAGUGGUGGGUAGGGUUAGGCUGGUUUAAUUUGUUAAUACUUUGAGAGAAAGAGAUGCAGAAGCUAGUCUGAGGAAGAAGUUAGAUAUGAUUACGCUAAAAGCAUGUCUGUGUUAAAGAACAACUUUCUUUUGCAACUUUGUGUUUUUCGACCUGUGACCUGUAUACUUGUGGGAAAAUGUACAUUUCACAAGUGACAGGGUAGAUAAUUUUUCCUACUCAUAAAUUCUCUCUCUGUAAGACAAACCCAUGUGUGUAGUGGCUUUAACCUUUUUUCUCAAACUCAUUCUUGUUAUCUGUAUCUCUUGAAGUGGUAACAAAUCCAUUCUAAUACAAUUACAGUUUUCCACUUCCUUUUGUUAAGGGCAGUUGCCAUUUAGCUUGAAGAAAAGUUUCACAAAAAGAACCCCCCCCUUAGUAAGAUAUUGGUAAGUUAUUUUAAAGUGUUUGAUCCAGACUUUGCUUCUCCUGUUGAAGACAGAGAUGCUGGGGACAAAUUUUGGCAAUUCCCUCUGUGGCCCCCAGUGCCACCUCCCACACUGUUCUGGAGGGCUGGGAGACCUGCAGGAGGUAGGAAAAAUUGGAAAACGUCACCUGCCUCUUUCUGCUACUGGGAUCCAUCGGAUGGAUCAAAGCCUUCCAUAAACAGAAGCAGCCUUUCCAUCUGUGGAAGGUAAAAGUCUAGAUUCAAUCCUCAGUCUCCACCUAACUUAUUGCUCUUAUCAAAAAAGUAACUGUGAUGGUGUUUAAAAUUAUCAAAUAAAAAAAUCUUAUUCUAUUUUGACUAUGCUUGGAAGCUAUUGUUGAGAAAUGUAUUUAGAAAAUGCAGUCUAUUUUUUACUAACUGUAUACUGCCUAUGUCAAGUCUGUAACAUUUUGCCAAAAUGAAAUUAUUUUAUUUUUGCCUUUAUUAAAAUGUAGAAAUAAAUAUUUUGCCAGAAAACAUUAAUUUAAAUAAAAUGUAACAGUUUGGGUAAAAUGUAAGUGUACAUAUUAAACUAUUAACAUAACAUUGGAACUGCCUUUGGAUGUUCAGAUAUGGUUCAUCUAAUUUGAGCUCGGUUUGGCUUGACUUUUAGUUACUGGUGUUACUAGCACUGAUUCAAGUCCACAAUAAACUCAGUGAGAGGUUUUCCUGAACAGCAGGAUUUGAAUCCAUCCCUAAUAUGUUCAUUGUUCAUAUAAACGCUGUAGUGCUUGGUGAGUGUUUCCAACUCCUGGCUCAUUCUUUAUCACCACAUCAUAGAGAUUGCACUGCUGGAAGAGGUGAUUCCAUAAUGCAAAAUAGCAUUUGGGAGCAGUAAAUUGGAUUUGGAUGUAGGAGCCCCAGUUAGAGCCUUGCUGGGUGGUCUUGGGCAACUCACAGGAUGGCUAAGUGCAUUCAAUAGGAUAUGGUAUAAUUUACACAGAGCUUUCAUGAGUUCCAGAGUGGCUUUUGGGUUGGUUGCAGAUACAACUGAAUGUAUCACUGAUUAUAUUUGUUCAAGUAUUAUCCUAUACUGUCAAGCUCUUGUUUCUCUGUUCUUGGUCACUGUGGUGCUAAAUAAAUUGCCCUGAACCCUGGCAUACCCCGAGGUAAGUCCUGAUAGUGCACACAGUCGCAAGGGCAACGCUAGAUAGGCAGACAGUCCAAAUGGUCAAAUACAGGUCCAAGUCCAAUGCAAAGAGCAAGUUCCAAAGUCAAACCAUCAGGCCAGGUUCCCGCCUUUGCAGAAGAUCCAGGGUUGGAACACCUGGGGGUCAGUCCCAAAAUCACAGUCCAGUGGCAUUCCCAACGCUGCCAAGCUGUGGCCCUUCAGCAGAGAGAGCUGAGCAGACAGAGGCUUUUGCCUUGCUUCCCCUUUCUCCUUCUCAGUCUUGAUUGCUGCCCGAGUUUGCUCCAGCUGAGCAGCUAGGCCUCUCCACUUGACGAGGCAUGUGAUCCUCACCUGUGCUGAGCCUAAUGUAGCUGAGGGACCACAAACCUCCUCCCAGACCUAACGAACCUCAUGGUCCUCACCUGGUCCACUAGUGUGCUGGGCUGUGUUCCCUUGCCUGCCUCAGUAUCCUAGAGGGCACCUUCCUCUGGCUCCCAUGAACUGUCAGCUGCACCUUCGAUGUCCUCCAAUGUCCUGUGAGUACCUCCAAAGUCCCCAACCUCUCCUUCCCUAUCUUCAGCUUGUCCCAGUUUGUGCCAAUUGUGGCUACACGCUUCAUCAGUAUCCUCCUCCCCUUCCUCAGUGUCCUGCCAGUUUGUGGCAUAAAUACUUAGUAUGCAGCCACAAUUAUUGUUUUUGAAUUAUUGUGUUAAGUUUCUGGAAGAUGUGAAACUUUGCACUGCGGCAUUCUGUUCCAGGGUGCAUAUCAGUCUUCCCCCACUUUUCUUGUACAGUGGUACCUCGGUUUAUGAACACUAUUGGUUCCGGAAGUCUGUUCAUAAACCGAAGCGUUCAUAAACUGAAGUGAACUUUCCCAUUGAAAGUAAUGGAAAGUGGAUUAAUCUGUUCCAGAUGGUCCGUGGAGUACUUAAACUGAAGCAUUCAUAAACUGAAGCAAACUUUCCCAUUGAAAGUAAUGGAAAGUGGAUUAAUCUGUUCCAGACGGGUCCGCGGAGUACUCAACCUGAAGCGUACUUAACCCGAAGCAUGGGUGUAAUUGGUUCCGGAAGUCUGUUCAUAAACUGAAACGUUCAUAAACUGAAGCUAACUUUUCCAUUGAAAGUAAUGGAAAGUGAAUGAAUCCAUUCCAGAUGGGCCCGCAGCGUUCGUAAACCGAAAAUUUGUAAACCGAGGUGUUCAUAAACCGAGGUUCCACUGUACUUAUCAGUAACACACACUUGUGCAUGUGAAUAAUUGCUAGAGUCAUACCAGGCAUAGUUUUAGAAUACAAAUCUGCAAAUGUGUUAUCUGAUGCUUAACAGAGUAAUCUUAUACUCAGAUGUACUCAGUGGGCCUUGUUCCCAUGUGAAUAAGGUUGCAGUCCAAGACUGCAUCACAGGAAAGUACUUUGUUGUGUCUAAAACUCAUCAAAUUUGCUUUAAAUAGCCUUACUUCAGCCUAAACAUUGCUUCUUUUCUAAGUUACUGUGAGUAACCAUCUUUUUGACACUUGAUUUAAUGUGAAUUUUAAAUAGUUAGAAUAACAUGCAUAUUGUGUAUACAGAAACUUGUCAGUCUUCAUUUGUAAUUGUGGCAAUGUGUUACACAAACACCCUGGUCCUGUAAUAGGCAUAAGGCAUUAACCAAAGAAAUGUCUGGCAAGGCAACCGGUUGGAAUUUUAAAUAUGUCAGUAGCAAGGGACCCACAGCCAAUUUGCACAAUGUCUUGCUUCACACUGUGGAUAAUUCUGAGUUUGAUCAAACUCAGAACUGUUGAAUGGCACAAUAUGAAUGAGAAGACCGCUUUAUUUGAGAACUAGGUAUGUGUGUAAAUGUUGUGUAAAUGAAAUAUCCAGAGGUGGUGAAGGGAAGCUCAAAGUUAAGCUUCUUAGAAAAUACUCUUUUAUAGUGCCAUCAGGUGAAACUUAAACUGGACAAUCCAGCCGUGGGAAUACCGUGCCAUGACACUGCAAGCUAUUGUAGCCACCUCACAACCCAAAGGGCAACAGCAAGAUACAUUCCCUGGGGCCUGGGCUAAUGAGCUGAUUAUAUCAUAAUGCUUCCCCAAAACUCAAAGGUUUGUGGUCUAAGUUAGCGAUGGGUAUUACUUCAGUGGAACUUCCUUACCCUCUACUAUUCUAACGAUGCCACUCCAGAUCUGCUGUUGAGGGUUGGGGGGAAACACAGAACAAAUUUAGGGUGUUUGUAAGAGGAAGUUUUGUUGAAUACCUGGUAAUAGUUUUAUUUUUUAAGCCCCAUUGCUUUCAUUGAAUGUUAGGCAGCAAUCCAAAGACCUGCCCAGCUGGACUAGGGCUUAAUGUAGCAGUGUAAUGAUCACUUCAUCCACAGCCCAACCACUCGCAGUAGCCAGGGUAUGAAAAAGUGCCUCUUUGCUAUUCUGCCUCCUAGGAUGGUGCAGACUCCGAUUGGCCCUACUCUCUUGUCUUUCACCUGGCAUAGGUCAUGGCCCAGGCAGUUUCUGCAUUGAAACCAAGUACAAUGGUCAUCCAGGUGGUCAGUUUCAUCCAAUAUAUUAUUUAGUGCCUUACCCAAAAGAUUCUGUGGUUAUUACAGUACUUGGGGCCCAAAUAUUCUUUUCAAGAGCCGACUGAAAUCCUCCAUCAAUCGAGUCAUAGCUACCUGUCCCCUCUUCCAGUGGCCAUCUUUUACUGUUAGGAAAAGCUUGAUUUGGCCCAAGGCCAACUCAAAGGACCUACAGAGUUCAGAAGCACACAACAAAUUCUGGAAGUAUUUUCCUGUUUCCCUUCCACUCACAAUUUCACCCGCUUGCGAGACUGGAGAAAAGUUGUUUAGAGUUUGCAUAAACUUUCUGGCACUUGCUCACUCCCCACAGAAUUUUCUAUCUGCCGUUGCUUUUCUUAAAUAUAGUUUGGGAGUUAUGGGACCGCCAAUUACUACCAUUAGUGUCUUGUAUUUACACGUAGACCAGGCUCAUACUAAUGUGUACUGUUACUUAAUGGUUCUUGUUUCCACCUAUUAGCAAACAAUACGCUACUGGAACUAUGGACAGUAACACUUGUGGCUUUGAUCAUAGUUAACUAUGGUAAAUGAGUUCCCGGUUCUCUCUAGCAUGCGUGCCAAUCCCAGGAAAACAAUAUUAAUAUUAAUAUUACGGGUUCCAAAAUAAACAGCAAAUGUAUUGACAGCUAAUGGGUUAGCUUCACCCAGGAUUUUUUCCCCACUUGAAUGGCUUUCUCAAAAAAUGUGUGUGUGACUUUCAUAGCAAUUUAUUUUGUACACUUGAGAGAUAGUAUCAGUACUAAGACACAAACUUCAGAUGUUGGAAAGGCAUGCUUUUGAGGCUCCAGUCCUCUGAUUUCUGUUUGUCUUUCUGUAUUUUAAAACAUUUGCUAAUGCAGUUUGUGUCUGAAUUACAUAGUUAUAAGAAGUACAGAGGAGGCAUGGAAAAAUUGCUGUAUGUUUUUGCCCAUUAUGCAUUGCUAUUGGUUGGUUAGCUGCAUUCAAAAGGCUAAGACUUUUAUUGCCUACUAGUGAAAGCAACCUUUCUUCAUAGUGGAACAGUACAAAGGAAGAGCACAAAAUGUACAUACAUCACAGUGCCUGGAAUUCUGUUUGAACAAGUGUAUUGAUUGGGUCUGACCUCUUUACACUUUUUUCUAUUAUUUGAAAAGGUGCAUCUAAGUGUAGCUGAAUUGAACCAACUGAGAUGAACUUUCCAUGAAAACUUCUUGAGAUAUUUCUUUUAGUUCAAAGCUUUAGGAUUUUUAAAGGGCAUUUUUAAUACAGUCUGUAGAGGUGUUCUGUGCUGCAGCCACAGUUUGAAUGUUUUAAACUACAGGUAAGUCUGAGAGGAAGGAAGAAAACGGAGGUGUUGCAGGAGUAUCAUGGUAUGGAGAAAUAGAAACCUUUUGACCUGUGGAAUAAAUAAAAAUGUCAAAUGAUGCUUUGAGAGAGAACUUUAUACUCCUGCGUGUCACAUUAGCAUGCUGCUUUGGAAUCACAGAAAGGUAUCUGAAAGAUAUCAGCCACUCCAAUUGACUAUUUUGACAGCUAACAAUUCAUGACAUGCUUGUACUGAACUUUCCUCAAAUAACAACAGAUUUCACAACAGUUGGAAUAAAUGUUCUUCAAGGCCCAUUUAGUUAGCCUGUGGGCUACACUGAGUCUCAUAAAGGCAUUAAGGCACAGGACAAAGGAGAAAAGUAUUAAGGUGUCUGAUUUAUUUAAAUAUAAAGCAGGGGAAAAAAUGAAACACUAAAUAUGUUAAAAUUGGAAUGUGAAUUAAUAGGACCCCCAUUUUUCAGUGUACCUGAGACAAAAAGAGUAAGAAUGGAGAUAUGGAGGGGAAAUGUGGAGUCUUUGCAAAGUGUGUUUCUUAGGUUGCUGGUAACAAAGAUAUUCAGUAUGUCAGGUGAUUCUUGCUAGCAUGGUAAAUACCUGUAAUAAAAAUAUCCGUUUUUGAUAUGGCAAACUACAUGGGGCAGUGGCUCUGCGGUACAGCCAUAGUUCAUGGGUAACAUAAAUCAGGUAAAAGGGCAAACUUAACAAUGAACUGUGUUUGUCCCUGAGGUUUGUGUUGUUUUGUUCUGGGGAAAUCUUAUGGUUGCUUUGGUCAUAUUUAAGGGGGAAAGCACACAAAUGGAAAUAGUAGUAGUACUAGUGGUGAUGAUGGUAAUGAUGAUGAUGUUACUUUCAUCCAUAUAGUCAAAGAUAUCAAUCAGUGAAGUUGGUGAUCCUUAGCUAAUGUAAGUAGGAUGCCCGUUUGUGUGAAGGUAGGAUUUGGAGCAGGGAAGCCACUGUCAUGUCCUCCAGAUAUUAUGUACAGUACAAGUUCCUGACUAUGAGCCAUGUUGUUUGGGACUGAUUGGAGUUAGAGGAAAUUCAUUUUGUCUUCCUUUGGUUUUAUAACAAAGCAGAUGAACAUAUUUAAUAUGAACAGCAGAGCAAGGGAGGUACAGCAAUAAUAGCUCAGAGAUUGCUCCGCCCAUCCGGCCCCUAUGGCCAGGAACAGAGAAGAGCCAAGGCGGCAGGCAAAGAUGCCAUAGCCUGAUUAAGAUGGACUGUCCACUUCCCCAACAGAGCUAUCUUCCAUCAACUGCAAAAUAAUAGGAUGAAAAGGCAAGAAUAUAAAUAAAACUUGUGUGUCAACGGGACUGUUCCACAGAGCCAGCUGUGGUGCAGGAAGUACCCUAAAAAAGUAUUGUGUGCACGCUGAGAGGUAGGUCCUAAAGAACCCACAAAAGCAAGUCAAGGAGGGCUGCAUUCUGAGUGGUGAUGGGAUGGUGACAGAUUGUUGGGGUGGGGGAAUAGCAUACACUGAAUGGAAUCCUGAAUGGAAGAUGUUUCAGGUCUCACUUGGAACAGGCUGAAAGCAAAUUCAUUUCCCAAGGGCUUAGCCUUAUGUAGCCAAAACACCACCACAACCCCUACAAACAAGGUGGUGUCAACAACCUCAGACCCCAAAGAAUGCAGUAAUGCAAAAAAAACCAAGAGACAACCCAAGGGAUCAAUGCUUUAAGGGGGAGGGAAAACAGAUUGAAAACAAAAACACACACACUCUGAAAUAGCCCCUUAAGUACC